CGGCGCCGUAGAGUGGCUUCAGGCUAACGAUACCCCAGAGCAGUGUCCCGACCUCCACUAUGUGGUAACGGGUCUAAGUGAUGGACAAGAAUAUUCUUUCAGGAUCUUCACUGUCAAUGCUGCCGGCAAAUCUGACCCUGCCUACGUCAAGCAGUCCAUCAAAGUCCAUGACAGACUGGAGGAGCCUGAGUUGCUACUGGAUGCUAACAUGGCACGUGACCACCUGGCAAUGUUGGGCACAGACAUCACCCUGAGCGCCACCAUUAAGGGUAUACCGACACCCACCGUUAGCUGGAAGAAGAACGAUGGAGAUGUUCCUUCUCACAUCACUGUUGCCGUCACCGCCACUGGCAGCAAAGUCUUCAUUCCCAAAUGCGUCCGCCCGGACUCUGGGAAGUACACCAUCACUGUGGAGAAUGCCGCUGGAAAGAAAUCAGCAACCGUUGCUGUGCUUGUGUUGAAUAAACCUUCUCCUCCCAGAGACCUGGUGAUCACUGAAGUGACCAGCGAGUCUGCCUACCUGACAUGGAAGGCUCCUGAGGACAAUGGUGGGGCUGUCAUCUCCCACUAUGUUGUACAGAAGAAGGACGUGGCCUCAGAGCAGUGGGUUCCUGUCUCUGCAGCCAAUAAGAAGCUGAGUCUGAUGGCCUUGUACCUGAUGGAAGGAAUUCAGUACCUGUUCAGGGUCGCUGCUGAGAACCAGUUUGGCAGAAGUGACUUUGUGAUCACUAAGACGCCCAUCAAGGCUGUCGAUCCACUCUAUCCUCCUGGUCCUCCCAAGAACCUGCACCACACUGAUGCAGAAAAGACAGAUGUGUGGUUGGUAUGGGAGUGGCCUGACCGCACUGGUGGAAGUGAAAUCACCGGCUUCAUUGUGGAGCACCAGGAAGAGGGCCAGACUGACUGGGUCACAUUCAAGACCGUGAGCAACAACCAUGCCCACGUCACCGGGCUGGUGGAGGGCAAGACUUACCGCUUUAGGGUCAAGGCUCAGAACGCCAUUGGUGUGAGCCGUCCAGACACUAGCAUCCCUGUUACCUGCCAGGAGAAGACAUUGCCGCCAACUAUUGAAGUUGAUGUGAAGCUUAUUGAGGGUCUUGUUGUCAAAGCUGGGAGCCCUAUUGUCCUUCCAGGCAAAAUGACAGGCAUUCCCAUUCCCACUGCUAAAUGGAUGACAGAUGGCAAAGAGUUAGUGUCAGAAGGCCACUAUCUCAUAGUAACUGCUGGAUCCUCCACCACCCUAAGUAUCCCUGAAUCCAAGAGAGGAGACACUGGAGAGUACAUCCUCACUGUUUCUAAUCCUUCAGGCAGCAAGACAGUUGCCCUGCAUGUCACUGUCUUGGAUCUUCCUGGGCCACCUAUUGGACCCAUCAAUAUCUUGGAGGUCACCCCUGAUUUCAUGAUGAUUCAAUGGAGGGCGCCUAAGGAUGAUGGUGGCACACCCAUCACUAAUUAUGUGGUGGAAAAGAAGGAUGUGAAGAAACCAUGGGAGCCCUGGUCUGUUGUUAGCUCCAGUGGCACCAGUACCAAGGCUAAGGUGUCCAGGCUGGAGAAGGGUCGUGAAUACAUUGUUCGGGUCCGUGCAGAGAACAAGAUUGGCAUUGGCGCUGGACUUGAGAGUCCUCCCACUAUUGCUAAGCACAUGUUCAACCCUCCUGGUCCACCAGGCCCGCCAGAGUGUUCUGAUAUCACAGAGAAUGCUGUGACAGUAGAAUGGACUUUGCCCGACUAUGAUGGAGGAAGCCCCAUCAGUGGCUAUGUGGUUGAACGCAGAGAAAUGACAGGAAAGUGGAUCCGUGUCAACAAAACUCCAGUGCUGGACCUCAGAUACAGAGUCUCAGGCCUGUUUGAAGGCAACAGCUAUGAAUUUAGAGUUUUUGCUGAGAACAUUGCUGGUAUCAGUGAGCCUUCUCUCACCUCUCACCCUAUCAAGGCCACACGCGCUAUCACCAAGCCUGGCCCACCUGGUAAUCUUAAACUGAAGGACUGGAGCAAAUCAUAUGCUGAAAUCUGCUGGACUAAGCCCACAAGAGAUGGUGGCAGUCCCAUUCUUGGUUAUGUGGUUGAGGCUCAGAAGUCAGGAAGUGCCCAGUGGGACAGAAUCAACAAGGAUCUCAUCAAAAUGUGUGCCUACAGAGUACCAGGCCUGAUUGAAGGAAUGGAGUACAGAAUUCGCAUCAGGGCCACCAACAAAGUUGGAGACAGUGAACCAAGGGAACUCCCGGAGACCGUUUUGGCAAAGGACAUCCUGGUGCCUCCAGAAGUUGUUGUUGACAUUUCCUGUCGUGACUCCCUGACAGUCAGAGCAGGUCAGAUCAUCAGUUUGAUCUCAAGGGUGAAGGGCAGACCGGAUCCCGAGAUCACAUGGACCAAGGAUGCCAGAGCCUUGUCAAGGGAUAAACGCACUGAAAUGAACAAUAACUACCCUCUGUGUGAACUUGUAAUCAAUGAGGCAAUCAGGUCGGACUAUGGUAAAUAUGCAAUUCUUGCCAAGAACAGCAGUGGACAAGCACAGGCCACAAUUCUUGUCAAUGUUCUGGACACACCAGGAGCUUGCCUGAACCUGAAAGUGUCUUAUGUGACCAAGAAAUCCUGCAUGGUGUCCUGGGAGAACCCUGAGGACAAUGGAGGCACUGAGAUCACUCAGUACAUUAUUGAGCGCCGUCAGCCAAGCCAGAGAGGUUGGACAGUGGUCUCCAAUGACUGCACCAAGCGCUUGAUAAAGGCUCCUCUUACUGAGGGCUGUGAAUACUUCUUCCGUGUCAGUGCAGAGAACAAGAUUGGUGCUGGUCCACCUACUGAGUCCAAGACACCGGUGCUAGCAGUUGAUCCAAUUGAGAAGCCUGGCGAACCCAUUGACUUCCAUAUUUCUGAGAUUGGCAAGACCUUCUGCUUCCUCAAGUGGAGGAAGCCAGAUUACGAUGGCGGUAGUCGUAACCUAGGUUACCACAUUGAGAAGAAACCAAAGGAGGCUGAGGAGUGGGAGAGACUCCACAAGGGUGCCAUUAAGGAGACUUACUUCAUGGCUGACAGAUGUAUUGAAAACCAGAUCUACCUGUUUAGAGUUCAGACUAAGAAUGAGGGAGGGGAGAGCAACUGGGUGACCACACCUGAGGUCCUUGUUAAGGAACUGCUUGUGGAGCCUGAGAUCAAGAUUAAACUUGAUGGAACCCUCAUUGUCAAGGCAGGAGACUCCAUUCCUAUCGAGGCAAUAGUGAAAGGCAAACCACAGCCUGAUGUCAAAUGGACUAAGGAUGAGAGCACAGAGGAGAUUAAGAAGGGCCCCAGGCUUCAGAUUGAAACAGGGGCGGACUUCUCAAAGCUGCUGUUUACCAAUGCCAGGCGCAGUGACAGUGGCAAAUUUGUUAUCUCUGCCUCAAACAGUGCAGGAAGCUGCUCUGCUCAAGCCAAGGUCAAUGUACUGGAUAGACCAGGAGCCAUCAGGGACCUUAAGGUGUCUGGUAUCACCAAUGACCGGUGCCAUCUGGCCUGGGAAAUUCCAGAGGAUGAUGGUGGCUGUGAUAUCUACAACUACAUCAUUGAGAAAUGUGAGACCAAGAAGGGAAUCUGGUCCGUCCACUCCAAUGCUGUAAUCACAAAUAAAGCUAAAGUUACUCGCCUUAUUGAGGGUAAUGUAUAUAUCUUCAGAGUUCGUGCAGAGAAUAAAAUGGGUCCUGGUCCUGCCGUACAGAGUGAGACCAUUGUUGCUGGCACCCAGUUCAGUGUACCUGAUGCUCCCGAAGCACCAGAAGUCACCAAGAUUGCCAAGGAGGAGAUGACUGUGCAGUGGUCAGAGCCAGAGAAAGAUGGAGGGAAGCCAAUCACAGGUUAUCUGUUAGAGAAGAGGGAGGAGCAUGCCAUUAGAUGGUCUCCUGUAAACAAAGAUCAACUCCCUGGAACUCGUUCUACAGUAACUGGACUCCUGCCUCUCCAUGACUACCAGUACAGAGUCAAGGCUGUCAAUGAAAUUGGCAUUGGCAGCCCAAGCAAGCCUUCACGUGCCAUCACUGCCAAAGAUUCAGUUGAGCCUCCUGCCCCUCCCACCAACUUGAAAGUCCUGGACAGCACCAAGUCAAGUGUCACCCUAGGCUGGACCAAGCCUGUAUCUGAUGGUGGAGCUCCCAUUAUUGGUUAUGUUGUGGAGAUGAGGAUGCAGGGAGCUCCCAAGAAAGGAGAUGAUGGCUGGAAGAGGUGUAACGUAGCAGCUCAGCUGGUCAUGUGUGAGUUCACAGUCACAAGUCUGGAUGAGAAGCUUGUCUAUGAAUUCAGAGUAUCAGCUCAGAACCAGGUGGGCAUGAGCCUGCCCUGCAACCUGGAGGGUGCUGUGAUCCCCAGAGAGAUUCUAGAGGCACCAGAGGUUGACUUGGAUGCUAACCUGAAGCAGGGACUGACAGUAAGAGCUGGCUGUCCCAUCAGGCUUUGUGCCACCAUUAGAGGCAGACCGCCUCCCAAAAUAACUUGGAGAAGGAUGGGCAUUGACAACGUGGUCAGGAGGGGAAAAGUUGACAUCAUCGACACUAUGACCUUCCUGGUCAUCGCCGACAGCACACGUGAUGACACUGGCAAAUAUUGCCUGACUCUGCAGAGUCCUGCUGGGGAGAAGGCUGUGUUUGUCAACGUUAAGGUUCUAGACACUCCUGGACCUGUAAUGAAUCUGGAAGCAACUGACAUAAAACAGACAUCCAUCAUGUUGUCCUGGAGUCCUCCAGAGAACAAUGGUGGAAGUGAGGUCACUCAUUAUAUUGUUGAGAAGCGUGAGAUUGAUCGUAAGACAUGGGCAACUGUCAAGGCUGAAGUUCAGGGGGACAAGAUUCCCUUCAAAGUCAGUGGCCUAAUGCCUGGAACUGAGUACAACUUCCGAGUCACAGCCGUCAAUGAGUACGGUUCUGGUGUUCCCAGAGCGACACCCACUUCCUACCUGGCUUCUGAUCCUGUCAGCAAGCCAGAUCCUUGUGAAAAGAUUGAGGUUCUGGAGAUAACUAAGAACAGUGCCGCAAUUGGCUGGGUCAAGCCUGCGAGGGACGGUGGUGCCAAGAUCGAUGGUUAUGUGAUUGAAUAUAUUGAGGUCAAACCUCCUCCACCACCUCCAGCACCUUUGGAGGUUACAGAAGGAGAGGGGGCCCCUCCACCACCUCCUCCACCUCCAGUGGAAGAGGAAAAAGAGGAUGAACCUGAAAAGGAGGUGUGGAAUGCAUACACAACAGUGAAAGGUUUGACAAUCAGCAUCAGUGGCCUGAAGGAGGGCAAGAGGUACAAGUUCAGAGUGGCUGCCAAGAACAUCAUGGGCAUGAGCUCAUUCACAGAGACGAGGGAGCCUGUCGAGAUCAAGGAACAGAUGAUGGAACCAAAGAUUGUCAUGCCAGACACGGUGAGCGCCAGAGCCGGAGCCAAGCUCAGAGUGGAGGCUCUGGUGUCCGGAAAACCUUCCCCCGUUUGCAAGUGGAUGCGUAGUGAGAAUGCAGUUGUCCCAUCCAGUCGUCUGGCAGUGCACCAGUCUGGCAACCUAUGUGUCCUGAUCAUCAAAGAUGUAUCUAGGACUGACAGUGGAGAGUACAGUCUGAUGGCUGAGAACAGCUCUGCAAAGGUGGUCCAGGCCCUGAAGAUCAUUAUUAAAGAUAUCCCCGGUCCACCUGAGGGCCCUGUUGUCAUUAGCGACAUCGACUCUGAUGCCUGCUCCCUGUCCUGGAACAAACCACUGGAGGAUGGAGGAAGCAACAUCACCAACUAUGUGGUAGAGAAGUGUGACGUGAGCAGAGGUGACUGGAUGACGGCUCUCUCUACCUGCUCAAAGACCAAUUGCAGGCUUGGAAAACUAAUUCCUGGAAAAGAAUACAUCUUCCGCAUCCGUGCUGAGAACCGCUUCGGUGUGUCAGACUCCAUUCAGUCUGACAGGAUGGUUGCCAAGUUCCCCUUUGAUGUCCCCAGUGAGCCCCUCAACUGCCGCAUCAACAAGACCAACAAGGACUGCAUGUUUGUAGCCUGGGAUAAGCCGGAGAGUGACAGCGGCAGUCCCAUUACAGGUUACUACAUUGAACGUAAAGAGAGGAACAGCCUGUUGUGGGUGAAGGCCAAUGACACAGUUGUCCGCACCACUGAGUACCCAUGUGCUGGCCUCAUUGAGGGCCUGGAAUACACCUUUAGAGUGUCUGCCAUCAACCGUGCAGGCCAGGGCAAACCAAGCAAGAAGACCGACUUUGUCACUGCCAGAACACCUGUUGACACACCAGGUAAACCUGAGAUCUUGGAUGUAGCCAAGAACUCUGUCACUCUGGUUUGGACCCGUCCGAAGAAUGAUGGCGGAAGUAAGAUCAUUGGCUACUAUGUUGAGGUCAUGCGGGUGCCAGGAGACACUUGGAUCCGCUGCAACACCAGCAGUCAGAAUGUACCAAGGGAGGAGUAUACGGUUACUGGUCUGGAGAGAGACCUGACCUACCAGUUCAGAGUCAUUGCCAAAACCGCGGUCAACAUGAGCAAACCAUCUGAGCCCUCAGACCCUGUCCUGGUCUGUGCUGAGAAUGUUCCUCCGAGAGUGGAGCUCAAUGCCAGGAUGCAAAAAGGUUUUAAGGUGAAGGCUGGAGCCACAGUUCUCCUGGAGGCUGAGGUGUUUGGCAAGCCCUUGCCCAGAGUGACCUGGAAGAAAGCUGACGACAGCUUGAAGUCAGGCGAAGGCCAGGUCAUCACCCAGCAAAGGCAUCACUUCCAGCUUGAGAUGACAGGUGUCACCAAGGAACACACAGGGACUUACACCAUCCUGGCUGAGAACGCCAGUGGCUCCAAGACUGCUGAGAUUGAAGUCAAUGUUCUGGACGUGCCUGGCCCUCCUGUUGGUGCCAAAUACACUGAGGUGUUCGCCACCAGUAUCAAGCUUUUGUGGGAGCCGCCUUUGAAAGAUGGAGGUGCCCCCAUCAAGGGCUAUAUUGUGGAUAAGCGUGAGACCAGCAGAGCUACUUGGGCCCAGGUCUCCACCAAGAUCAAGGGUGAUGUCCUUGAGUUUAACGUGGAGAAGCUGAUCAAUGGUCGCGAGUACCAGUUCCGAAUCCGUGCUGAGAACAUGUGGGGAGUUGGAGACCCCCUCAUGACGAACCCGGUUAUUGCCAAGAACCCAUUCACUGUCCCUGGUCCUUGUGAGGCCCCAGUGAUCACCAAUGUGACCAAAGAUCGUAUGACUGUGAGCUGGAAGGAGCCUGCUGAUGAUGGAAAGUCUAUCGUCCUGGGCUACAUGCUGGAAAAGAAAGAGGCCAAGGUGUUGAACUGGACAAAGCUGAACAGGAAGCCUCUGACUGAAAGGACCUUUGAUGUUACAGGCCUUGCAGAGGGAGCUGAGUAUGAGUUCAGAGUUAUAGCAGUCAAUAUUGCAGGGUUUGGCAAACCCAGCGAGCCCUCUGCUGGCACCACUGCACAGAACCCCAUCACUCCGCCUGGCCCUGUUGUGAAUCCCAGUGUGAAGGACACCUUCAUCAGCGCCAUCAGUCUCACCUGGACUGCCCCUGCCAACAAUGGUGGAAGCCCCAUCAUCGGAUAUUUGGUGGAGUGCAAGAGAACUGACACAAAAGACUGGAUCCGCUGCAACGUCCCCAGGAACCUGCAGGACACCAACUUUGUCAUUCAAAACCUCAUUGACAAGGCUGAGUACCAGUGCCGCAUCACUGCCGUCAACAAGGUUGGCUUCAGCGAGCCAGUUGAAGUACCUGGCAAACAUGUUGCCAAGGACAUCAUUGUUCCUCCAGAGGCAGAGCUGAGUGCAGCGCUAAAGGAAGUCCUGGAGCUGCGCGCGGGCACCACCAUGAGACUGCAGGCCACCAUCAAGGGUCGUCCCGCUCCCAAGAUCACCUGGGCCAAAAUGAACACCAACAUCAAGGACCGCCAAGGCAUCAUCAUCAAGUCCACCAACACUGACACCAUGGUGAUGGUGGAGAAUGUCAACAGAUAUGAUGCCGGCAAAUACAUUCUGAACCUGGAGAGUUUGGCUGGCAUGAAGAUGUACACAAUUGUUGUCAAGGUUCUAGACACUCCUGGACCUCCAGUCAACCUGGUGGUGAAGGAGACAUCCAAAGACAGUUCUUCCAUCUACUGGGAUGCUCCUCUGAUUAAUGGUGGCCACGAAAUUACCCACUACAUUGUGGAGAAGCGUGAUACUGAGAGGAAGGCCUGGUCCAUGGUCUCCAACAACUGCGCCAAGACAGCAUUCGAGGUGCCAGACCUGGAUGCUGGACGAUCCUACUGCUUCAGAGUGUCAGCAGUCAACCAGCUUGGUACCGGAGAGUACUGCGAAACAGCCGAUUCAGUCAGAGCAACAGAGGAGCCUGGGCCUGUCAUGGACUUCAAGACCCUGCUGGUUACUAAAGACUCUUGCACUCUAAGCUGGAAGAAACCACUCACCGAUGGUGGCAGUCGCAUUAUCUGCUAUGUGGUAGAGGUUCUCAAUGGUGAUGACAAGUACAAGGAGCUAAUGAGGUCCAAGAAUAUGCAAUACAGUGCCAAGGACUUGGUGGAGGACAGAGAGUACACCUACAGAGUCAAGGCUGUUAAUGACUCAGGAGAGAGUUCUGCCAAGGAGCUGAAAGUGGUUGCUAAGGACCAGAUCAUUCAUCCAAGCUGUGACUUGAAGGAGCUUCCCAACAUGUGCUACAUUGCCAAGGAGGGCAGCAAUGUUCGUCUGAAGAUCCCGAUCAUUGGUAAACCUACGCCCAAGGUCUCCUGGAAGAAGGGAGAUGAUGAAGAUCUGACAGACACUGGCCGAGUGUGUGCAGAGUCUUCUGCAGUCAACACCACCCUCCUGAUCAGGGACUGCCAGAGGAGUGAUGCCUCCAAGUAUACCAUCACCCUGAGAAACAGUGCUGGGAGCAAGGAGUCCACCAUCUUCAUCAGGGUGGUGGGUAAACCUGGCAUCCCUAUUGGACCCAUUAAGUUCAAAGAAGUUACUGCUGAUGGUGCUACACUCAAGUGGGCCGUUCCUAAGGACGACGGUGGCUCAGAGAUCACCAACUAUAUCUUGGAAAAGAGAGACUCAGUGACCAAUUUGUGGGUGACUGUGUCCUCCACUGUGGAGACCAACACCAUGAGAGUGACCGGUCUCCAUGAAGGCACAGAAUACAUCUUCAGAGUCUGUGCUGAGAACAAAUAUGGUGUUGGAGAAGGACUCAAGUCUGAGCCCAUUGUUGCUAAACAUCCAUUCAAUGUUCCUGAUGCUCCUCCUCCUCCUCAGAUCAUGAACAUGCGUCACAACUCAGCUUACCUGGCCUGGUCCGACCCCAGGAAGACAGGAGGAUCUCCCAUCACAGGUUACCAUGUUGAGUUCAAAGAGAGGAACAGUAUGUUGUGGAAGAGGGCGAGCCCAGUUCCCUUAAAGAUGAGGGAACACAAGGUCACUGGGUUGACUGAAGGCUUGGAGUACGAGUUCAGGGUCAUGGCAAUCAACCUGGCUGGCAUUGGCAGACCGAGUGCUCCCACUGAUCCACAGGUGGCCCUGGAUCCCAUUGAUGCUCCUGGUAAACCUGAUGUCAUCAGCAUCACCAGGAGCUCCGUGACACUCCAGUGGACUGAACCACAGUUCGAUGGAAGCCACAGGCUGACUGGCUACAUUGUUGAGAGGCGCGACCUACCGUCUAAGAUCUGGGUCAAGGCUAAUAAUGUGAAUGUUGUGGAUCCUGCAUUUACUGUCACUGAACUGCAGGAGGGCUGCAAAUAUGAGUUCCGGAUCAGGGCGAAGAAUGCUGCUGGUGCUCUUAGCCCACCCUCUGAGCAGACAGAUACCAUCAUCUGCAGAGAUGAAUAUGCGGCACCAACCAUUACCAUCGAUGCUCAUGUGUUGGAGGGUCUGACCGUCCGAGCUGGCGAUACCAUUGUCAUUACUGCCACAAGCAUAGUUGGCAAACCUGCUCCAACCUCAUGCUGGUCAAAGGGAGGAAAGUACUUGAAACCCUCGGACCUUGUUCAUAUUGAGACCACUGCAACUUCCUCUACUCUGUCCGUCAAAUAUGCCAGCAGGAAGGACUCAGGGGAGUACAUCAUAACUGCCAGCAACCCCUUCGGUGUAAAGGAGGAAACUGUCAAGGUCAAAGUUCUGGAUGUUCCUGGUACUCCUGGGCCUAUUGAAUGCAGUGGUGUCUCUUCUGAAAAGGUCACUCUGACAUGGGCAGCUCCUACUGAGGAUGGAGGCUCUCCUAUCAAAUAUUACACCCUGGAGAAGAGGGAGACCACCCGCUUGCUCUGGACUGUUUUGGAAGAAAAGGUCAUUGACUGUCACUAUGUGGCCAACAAGCUCAUCCAGGGCAACGAGUACUUCUUCAGAGUCUCUGCUUUGAACCAGUAUGGUGCUAGCGAGCCAUCUCACUCUGAGGCCGUCAAGAUGGUUGAUAGAUUCGGUCCUCCUGGUCCACCAUCUAAACCAGAGGUUGAGAAAGUGGAUGGACAUUCAGCUACUGUAACCUGGAGGAGACCAACUGAGGAUGGCGGAAGUGAUAUCAUAGGUUACUGUGUUGAGAAAAAGGAGAAAAAGGCUAUGAGAUGGAUCAGGGCCUCAAAGAAAUCUAUUGCUGAGCUCAGUUAUGAAGUCACCAGUCUAACUGAAGGCAUGGAGUAUGAGUUCCGUGUUUUUGCUGAGAACAAAGCUGGCUUUGGAGAGCCAAGUGAACCAUCUAUGCCUGUUAGAACAAUAGUUGCUGUGGAUUUACCUGGACCUCCAGUCAAUCCAAGGGUCACAGACACAACCAAGACCACUGCCACAUUGAACUGGGGAAAACCUCUCGAUAAUGGUGGUUGUGAGAUCACUGGAUAUGUAAUUGAGCACAAGAAGGAAGGAACAGAAGAAUGGGUCAAGGAUACCCCUUCAUCUCCACUUAGAAUCACUGAAUUUGUUGUUGCCGAGCUAGAAACCGGUGAAAAAUACCACUUUAGAAUUAGUGCUGUGAAUGCUAAGGGGGCAGGUAAACCUGCCGAAACUCAGGAAUUGGUUCAGAUUGUGGAGCGUGCAACAGAGCCAGAUUUGGAGCUAGAUGUUGAGCUGAGAAGAACCCUUGUCGUUAGGGCUGGCUGCUCCGUUCGCCUCUUUGUGCCAAUCAAGGGACGUCCUACACCAACAGUCACCUGGACUAAGGAAGGUGGCCCUGUCCCACGUGCAGUCAUUGACAGCACUGAAUCAUUUACAAUGUUACUCAUUCCUGAGAGUUCAAGGAUUGAUGCGGGAAAAUAUGAGCUUACCCUUGAAAACACAACUGGAAAGAAGAGUGCUGAUAUACAUGUGAGAGUUUUGGAUUCUCCUGGACCUCCACUUAAUCUAAAACCAAUCAAGAUUGACAAAGAAAGCAUUACUCUCCAGUGGGAGAUGCCUCUCAUUGAUGGUGGAGCCAAGAUCACAAGCUAUGUCAUUGAGAAAAGAGAAUCAACACGAAAGGCCUUUGCUACUGCUGUUACAAAUUGCCCACACACUUCAGUCAGGAUUGGUGAACUGGGUGAAGGCUGUGAGUACUAUUUCAGAGUGUCUGCCGAGAAUGAGUAUGGUAUUGGUGAGGCAGUCGAAACUGCAGAUCCAAUCCGUGCAUCUCAGGCACCAACUCCUCCAGCGAGUGUUAUUCCUACUGAUAUCACCAAGAAUUCUGUGAGCCUGGCAUGGACUAAACCCAAGCAUGAUGGUGGAAGCAGAAUUACAGGCUACGUCCUGGAAGCCCAGAAGAAGGGAUCUGAUCAGUGGGCCCAUGUAACAACAGUCAAGACCAUGGAUUUCACAGUAAAAAAUCUGAAUGAGAAUGAAGAAUACAUUUUCCGUGUAAUGGCUGUCAACCUGUCAGGCAGAAGCACCCCACGUGAGAGCAAACCCAUUGUUGUUAGGGAUUCCACAAUGCUGCCUGAGUUUGACCUGCGCGGUGUGUGUCAUAAGACUGUUAUUGCUAAAGCUGGAGAUGACAUCAAAGUUGAGAUCCCAGUUAUGGGACGUCCUAGACCAACUGUCUCUUGGCAGAAGGAUGGUGCAGCCCUGAAGCUCACACAGAGAACUAAUGUGGAAACGACUCCUUCUACUGUUAUCCUUAGCAUCAAUGAAUGCAAUAGAGCAGACAGUGGUGUAUACACCAUGACAGGAAAGAACAUUGUUGGUUCUGUGACAGAUAACAUCACUGUCAAAGUACAUGAUGUACCUGGGCCACCCAAGGGACCAGUUAACAUUGUGGAGAUAUCACGUACCUAUUGCAUCUUUGCCUGGGACCCUCCUGAGAAUGAGGGAGGUGUUCCAAUUAAUAAUUAUGUGGUUGAGAUCAGAGACACCACUUCCCAAACAUGGACAGAGCUGUCUUCUACUAUCAUCCGUACCAUGUUCAAAGCCAUUCGGUUAACCACUGGGUCAGAAUACCAGUUUAGGGUAAAGGCUAAGAACAGAUAUGGUGUUGGACCUCCCAUCACCUCAGAGUCUGUGGUGGCUGCUUAUCCAUUUAAAGUCCCUGGACCUCCUGGUACUCCAAAUGUUGUUGCAUUUACCAAGGACUCUAUAACAAUUGGCUGGAAUGAGCCUGUGUCUGAUGGUGGAAAUGAGGUAAUUGGUUAUCAUGUUGAAAGGAAAGAAAGAAGCAGCAUUAUGUGGCAUAAGAUCAGCAAGGGUAUUGUGAAAGGAAACAUCUUUAAAUCCACCGGGCUUGAAGAUGGAGUUGCCUAUGAAUUCCGUGUAAUGGCUGAAAACAUGGCAGGCAUUGGUAAGCCCAGCAAGGCCUCAGAACCAAUACUGGCCUUGGACCCUGUAGACCCACCAGGCCAUCCUGUACCAUUAUUUGUCAACAAAAAUGUCAUCACUAUUCAGUGGACAAAGCCUGAGUAUGAUGGUGGAUUCAAAAUCACUGGCUACACAGUGGAGAAGAGAGAACUGCCGACUGGUCGCUGGAUCCGAGCCAAUUUCACUAACAUCAUUGAGACAACAUUCACUGUCAGUGGACUGACUCAAGAUGCCUCCUACGAGUUCCGUGUCAUAGCCAGGAACUCUGCAGGAGCGGUAAGCAUUCCAUCUGAGCCUUCAGACCCAAUUAUGUGCAAAGAUGACAUAAUUGAGCCACGCAUUAUGGUUGAUGCCAUCUUCAAAGAUGUUGUUCUCCUGAAGGCAGGAGAGUCAUUUAAGCUUGAUGCUGACAUUGCUGGUCAGCCAACACCAUCUAUGGUUUGGACCAAGAAUGGAAAAGAGGUCGAGAACACAAUGAAAAUGGAGGUUAGGUUCACUGAACUGACAACCACACUGACCAACAAGGACUCUAUCAGAUCAGAUGGUGGAGAAUUUGUUUUGACUGCCACUAAUGUUGGUGGAUUUGCAAAGCACAUCUUUAAUGUUAAAGUGCUUGACAGACCUGGGCCACCUGUUGGACCUCUUAAGGUAACUGAUGUCACAGCUGAUAACUGCGUACUGACCUGGGCUCCACCUGCAGAUGAUGGUGGUGCCAAGAUUGAAGGAUAUGUGAUUGAAAAGCGUGAGUCAAGCAGACUGGUUUGGACCAAUGUGGUUUCAGACCUGAAAGUUACACAACAUAUGGUGACGAAGCUGCUCAAAGGAAAUGAAUAUAUCUUCAGAGUUAUGGCAGUGAACAAAUAUGGAGUUGGCGAGUCUCUUGAUUCAGAAUCCACUGUUGCAGAUAACCCAUACGUGGUUCCAGAUUGUCCAGAGAAUCCUGAGGUGACAGCUAUCACUAAAGAUUCAAUGGUUGUUAUGUGGCAAGCUCCCAAGAGUGAUGGCGGAACUCCCAUCACUCACUACAAUAUUGAAAGGAAAGACAAAAUAGGCCUCCGCUGGGUCAAAUGCAACAAGAGAAAGGUCAAAGAUCUUCAGUUUAGGGCAGGAGGCCUUCUUGUCGGACAUGAAUAUAAAUUCAGAAUAAUUGCAGAGAAUGCUGCUGGAGUGAGCGCACACAGUGUCUCCAGUCCAUUUUACAAGGCAACGGAUGCACUGUACAUACCAGGGGCUCCAUGUAACCCUAGAAUCCUCGACACAACCAAGUCCUCAAUUACUGUUGCCUGGAACAAACCUGUAUAUGAUGGAGGCUCUGACAUCACUGGCUACAUUGUAGAAACCUGCAUCUCAUCUGAAAAGGAGGAGGAGGAAUGGACCAUUGUGACACCCAAAGAAGGUCUCCUUGCCACCUCAUUCACCAUUAUUAACCUGAAAGAGAACCAGGAGUAUAAAAUCAACAUUUCUGCUGUCAACAGUGAAGGAAUUGGAGAGGCAGCAUCUGUACCUGACAAUGCCAAGGCAGAGGACAGGCUCCUCCCACCUGAAAUCGAUUUGGAUGCUGAGCUCCGCAAAGUUGUCAGUCUUAGAGCUUGCUGCUCACUCCGACUCUUUGUGCCUAUCAGAGGCAGACCAUCUCCUCAAGCUAAAUGGACUAAAGGAGAUGGUGAGGCUAUUGAGAGGGCAACCAUUGACAGCACAACAUCAUAUACAUCACUUGUAAUUGAAAACGUCAACAGAUUUGACAGUGGAAGAUAUAAUCUUACAGUUGAAAACAGUUCUGGCUCCAAGACAGUUACAGUCCAAGUCAGGGUGCUUGAUACACCAAGUGCCCCACAGAACCUGAAGAUUACUGCUGUAACAAAAGAAGCUGUCACUCUGACUUGGGAACCACCAGUGAAUGAUGGAGGAGCAAAGAUUAAGAACUAUAUUGUUGAAAAACGUGAGUCCACAAGGAAAGCAUAUGCCACAGUCAAUGCUCUCUGCCACCAUACCACCUUCACAGUUUACCACCUCCUUGAAGGAUGCAACUAUUACUUUAGAGUUCUGGCUGAGAAUGAAUAUGGCGUAGGUCUACCUAUUGAGACUGGUGAAUCCGUUAAAGUGUCUGAGAAACCACAGCCACCUGGCAAAGUCUCUCUUAAGGAUGUUACCAAAAAUAGUGUCACUCUCUCUUGGGAGAAGCCAGAGCAUGAUGGUGGCAGCAGAAUAGGCUGUUAUGUUGUUGACAUCCAGCCUAAGGGUGUUGACAAGUGGACCCAGGCUGUGAUUGUAAAGGAAACAGAAGCUACAAUUAGUGGACUUAAUGCAGGUGAAGAAUACAUGUUCCGUGUAGCAGCUAGAAAUGAGAAGGGCACUAGUGACCCACGUCAAAUUGGAGUGCCUGUGAUUGUAAAAGAUCUUGUGAUUGCACCUGUUGCCAAAAUGUUGUUCAACACAUUUAGUGUGUUGGCUGGAGAAGACCUGACAGUGGAUGUUCCAUAUGUUGCACGUCCCAAAGCAGCUAUCUCCUGGGUAAAGGACGGUCAGCCUAUGAAGAGAACUACCAGAGUAAACUUUAGUUCAACAGACACCUUGCUGAACCUCAACAUAAAAGAUGCUACUAAAGACGAUGUUGGACACUACCUCAUUACUCUUAGCAACACAGCAGGAGAGACAACAGCAUUCAUUGGCAUUGUUGUUCUUGACAAACCCGGCCAGCCAGGUGGUCCAGUUAAGGUAGAGGAGGUCACUUCUGACAGUAUAACUAUCUCCUGGAACCCACCAGAAUAUGAUGGUGGUUGCACCAUCAAAAACUACAUUGUGGAAAAGAGAGACACAUCCACAACUAACUGGAUGGUUGUAUCUUCUAAUCUUGCACGGACAAAAAUCAAGGCAGGCAGAUUGAAGACUGGCUGUGAGUAUCAGUUUAGAAUCACAGCAGAAAACAGAUAUGGAAAAGGCCCAACUCUUCAAUCAGAGUGCAUUGUGUCACAAUACCCAUACAAGCUCCCAGGACCCCCAGGAACACCAUCCAUUGCAGCCUGGACCAAGGACAGCAUGGUGGUGAUCUGGAAUGAACCUGUGAACGAUGGUGGAAGCCCUAUCCUGGGCUAUCAUCUAGAGCGGAAAGAGAGGAACAGCAUUAUGUGGGUUAAACUCAACAAGUCUCUUAUUACUGACCAAACCUUCAAGACCACUAGUUUGGAAGCAGGGAUGGAGUAUGAAUACAGAGUUUAUGGUGAAAACAUUGUUGGAAUAGGCAAAGUUAGCAAAGUGUCAGAGGGUCAUGUUGCUAGAGAUCCUUGUGAUCCUCCUGGUACCCCAGAGGCAACAAAGAUCACCAAAGACUCUUUGACAAUUGUUUGGACCAAGCCUGAGUAUGAUGGAGGUGCAAAGGUUACAGGCUACAUUGUGGAAAAGAAGGAGCUUCCUGAAGGUCGUUGGCAGAAGGCUAACUUCACGAACAUCAUUGAGACGGAAUAUGUUGCAACUGGACUUGUACAGGACAAUCAGUAUGAGUUCCGUGUCAUUGCCAGAAAUGCCGCCGGUGUUUUCAGUAUGCCUUCUUAUAGCACUGGCCCUAUCACUGCAAGGGAUGAGAUUGAACCACCGCGUAUCAGCAUCGACCCAGAGUACACACAGACCAUUGUGGUUAAUGCAGGAGACAACUUCAAGAUUGAUGCAGAUGUUAACGGCAAACCACUACCCUCUAUCCACUGGAUGAAGGGAGAUCAGGAACUGGGCAACACUAUUCAUAGAGAAAUUAAGAACACAACCACCAAGGCUUAUAUAUCUAUCAAGGAAGCAAAACUUUCAGAUGGAGGCCAAUACACUCUGCUUUUAAAAAAUCCAGGAGGCGAAAAGACUGUACAGGUCAGUGUGGUUGUUCUAGAUAAACCUGGAGAACCUCAAGGACCUCUUGUUGUUACUGGGAUAUCCAAAGACCGAUGCUGCCUUGCAUGGAAACCACCAAUGCAAGAUGGUGGUAGCAAGAUUUCUCACUACUUGGUGGAGAGGAGAGAGACAAGCAGAUUAGUCUGGACAGUUGUUGAACCCAAAGUAGAGAAUAUUUGUCUAAGGGUCACUAAGCUCUUAGAAGGAAAUGAGUACAUCUUCAGAAUCCAUGCUGUCAACCAGUUUGGAGUGGGUGCACCACUUGAGUCUUCUGCUGUCAUAAUCAAAGAUCCUUAUUUACCGCCGGGGUCACCCAGGAGCUUAGAAGUUUCAGAUGUUAAAAAAGAUUCAAUGGUGCUCACUUGGGAGGCUCCCUCUGAAGAUGGUGGCAGUCCUAUCACUGGAUAUAUAAUUGAGAAACAUGACAAAGAAGGAGUACGAUGGACCAGAUGCAACAGACAAACAGUCACUGACUUGACUUUCAAAGUAAUCGGACUCAUGGAAAACCACAGUUAUGAAUUCAGAGUUGUUGCUGAGAAUGCUGUUGGUGUUUCGGAGCCAAGCUCCCCAACAGUAUUCUACAAAGCUCUUGAUCCCAUUUUCAGGCCUGGCCCACCACACAAUCCAAGAGUUACAGACACAACUAAAACAUCAGUUUUCCUGUCAUGGAGUAAGCCUGUCUGUGAUGGAGGCUGUGAGAUUCAGGGAUACAUUGUUGAGUGCUGCACUACUACAAUGCCAGCAGUGCCAGAUGAGGCAUCUGCUCAAACCCAAGCUGCAGAGACACCUGCCACAGAUGCACCUGCUGAGGAGUGGACAAUGUGCACGCCACCAGCCGGUGUCAAGAAGACCAAAUUUGAAGUUGCAAACCUGAAAGAAAACCAGGCAUACAAGUUUAGAGUGUGUGCCAUAAACAAAGUUGGAGUUGGUGAGCAUGCUGAUGUCUCUGGAGCUGUCGUUGCCCAGGACAGGGCAGAAGAGCCAGACCUUGACAUUGACCCAGAACUGAGGAAGAUUGUAACCAUUAAAGCUGGAGCAUCCCUUCGGUUGUUUAUCCCCAUCAAAGGAAGGCCCACUCCUACCAUCAAGUGGGAUAAGGAUGAAGCUGCCCUUAAAGAGACUGCUCAGGUUGAGGUGACCAGCAGUUACUCAUCCCUUGUAAUUGAUAAGAUGAGCAGAACUGACAGUGGAAAAUACACACUCACUGCCGCAAACUCCAGUGGAACCAAAUCAGCAUUUGUUGUAGUCCGUGUUCUCGACACACCUAGUGCUCCUGUUAACCUGAAAGUGACAGAAAUUACAAAUCAAUCAGUGACACUGGCAUGGGAACCACCUAUGUUGGAUGGUGGCUCCAAGAUCAAGAACUACAUUGUUGAAAAGAGAGAAACCACACGCAAAACAUAUGCAGCUGUUGUAACAAAUUGUCAUGCUCUUUCAUGGAAGAUUGAGCCACUGCAGGAAGGUUGUAGUUACUUCUUCCGUGUCAUUGCUGAGAAUGCACAUGGUGCUGGCCUGCCUGCAGCGACUGCUGAUGCUCUUAAGGUGUCAGAGGUGCCCCAGUCUCCAAAGAACUUGAUCGUUACAGACCAAACCAAAACAAGCAUAUCUUUGGCUUGGGAGAAGCCCGAGUAUGAUGGUGGUAGCAGAGUCAUCCAGUACCUGCUCGAGGUGCAACUUAAGGGCCAGGAAAAAUGGUCUGGUGUUAACACAUUUAAGACAAUGGAGACUAUUGUUUCCAAUCUCAACCCAGGGGAGGAGUAUCUCUUCAGAGUUACUGCAAUCAAUGAUAAGGGCAAGAGUGACCCCAAAGUCCUUGCUGGUCCAGUAAUGACGAAGGAUUUAGUGUUUGAGCCUGAUGUUCGUCCCGCAUUCAGCAGCUACAGUGUCCAUGUCGGCAAAGACAUGAAGAUUGAUAUUCCCAUCUUUGGUCGUCCUAAACCAACAGUCACAUGGACUAAAGAUGGAGCUCCUUUGAAGUUCACCACCAGAGUCAAUACUCUGAAUACACCUACAGACACAACACUUAGCAUUAAGGAGGCUGCAGGUGAUGAUGGUGGCAUGUACAGUAUAAACGUUGCUAACUCAGCUGGAAAGAAGGACACAACUGUUGAAGUCAUUGUACUUGACAAACCUGGCCCUCCAUCUGGCCCUGUAAGAUUCAAUGAAAUCACAACACAGAGUAUCACUAUUUCAUGGGACCCACCUAAACACAAUGGUGGCUGCCAGAUUUCAAACUACAUUGUGCUGAAACGAGAUACUACUACUACAACAUGGGAAAACGUCAGCAUCAACUAUGCCAGAACCACCAUUAAAGUGCCAAGACUGAAGACAGGAGCAGAGUACCAGUUCAGGAUCAUUGCUCAAAACCGCUAUGGUAAGAGUCAUGGCCUGGAUUCAUCUGCUGUGGUCGCUCAAUACCCAUACAGAGAGCCAGGCCCCCCAGGCACACCCUUCAUUUCUUCUCUUUCUAGGGACCACCAUGUUGUUGAGUGGCAUGAGCCUGUCACAGAUGGAGGCAGCCCUGUUCUUGGUUAUCAUCUUGAAAGAAAAGAGAGGAAUAGCAUUCUCUGGGUCAAAAUCAACAAGACACUAAUUCACGAGACAAUCUUCAGGAGUCACCCCUUGGAGGAAGGUGUUGAGUAUGAAUACAGAGUUUAUUCUGAAAAUAUUGUGGGUAUUGGCAGGUGUAGUAAGAUCUCAGAGGGCUGCAGUGCCCGUGACCCAUGUGAUCCUCCUGGUACACCAGAGGCCUCCCAUGUGACCAAAGAUACCAUUGUCAUUCAGUGGACUAAGCCCGAAUAUGAUGGUGGCAGUAAUAUAACUGGCUAUACUGUGGAGAAGCGUGACUUGCCAGAGGGCAGGUGGGUAAGGGCAAACUUCACUAAUGUGAUUGAGACACAGUUUACUGUGACAGGACUGACUGAAAAUGCUCAGUAUGACUUUAGAGUCAUCGCUAAAAAUGCUGUUGGCACCAUCAGCAAGCCGUCCUACAACAGUGGACCAAUUACUGCGAGUGACAAGUUGGAGGCACCCAAAUUCUCCAUUGACCCUGCAUUCACCAAGACCAUUAUAAUCAAUGCUGGAGAGACAUUCAAGCUUGAUGCAGAUGUCCGUGGAAAGCCACUGCCUACAAUCCAGUGGUUCAAGGAUGAAAAACCAAUUGAGAAUACACUCCGACUUGAGAUUAAAAACACAGAAAACCAUGCAAUGAUCCUCAUUAAGGACUCCAUAAGGAUUGAUGGUGGAAUGUACAUGCUCCAACUGACAAAUGAGGCUGGCAGUGAAACUGUGCCAUUUAAGGUUGUGGUCCUGGACAAACCUAGCUCAUGUGAGGGACCCCUCCACAUCACUGGGGUAGCUGAAAAUAGAUGCACACUGGUAUGGCGCGCCCCUCUUCAUGAUGGAGGUAGUCCUAUUAAACAUUACAUUAUUGAGAGAAGAGAAACCAGCCGUCUAGCUUGGACUGUUGUUUCUAACAGCUGUGAGACCACAGCCUACAAAGUCACGAAAUUACUGGAAGGUAAUGAGUACAUGUUCCGUGUCAUGGCUGUUAACAGUUACGGUAUCAGUGAGCCACUUGGAUCUGGUGGAGUGAUUAUGAAGACACCAUUUGUUCCUCCUGGUCCACCUCACAUUGAGGAUGUAUCAAACAUUGCCCAUGAUGGCAUGACCAUUAGUUGGUCCGCCCCUGAGAGUGAUGGAGGCAGUGAGAUUACCAAUUACUUAAUUGAAAAGAAGGACAGAAGUGGAAUCAAAUGGACUAGAUGCAAUAGGCAGAAGGUCAUGGACCUCUCCUUCAGAGUUACGGGAUUAGCCACAGGCCAUGAGUAUGAGUUCAGAGUAGUUGCAGAGAACAUAGUUGGAGUGGGAGAACCAAGUCUUCCAAGUUCAAACUACAAGGCCUGUGAUCCCAAGUACAAGCCUGGCGCCCCAGCAUAUGUGAAUGUUAUUGACUCCUCAAAGAGUUCUAUAACAGUAUCAUGGGGUAAGCCUCUAUCUGAUGGUGGCAGUGCCAUUCAAGGGUACAUUGUUGAAGUCUGCAAGGCUGAGCAGGAGGAAUGGUCCAUGGUUACCCCCCCUACUGGCCUACGUGUCAACAAAUAUGAAAUUACCAAACUUACUGAGGGUCAGGAGUACAAGAUACAGGUGUGUGCUCUGAACAAACUAGGAGUUGGUGAGGCGGCAGUUCUCUCUGGAACAGCAAAGCCAGAAGAAAGAGUGGACCCACCAGAGAUCCGCUUGGACUCUGAGCUGAGGAAGGGCAUCACUGUGAAAGCUGGUGGAUCUGUUAGAAUCAAUAUUCCAUUUAAGGGCAGGCCAACACCUGAGAUUAAGUGGACUAAGGAUGAAGGAGCCCUGACUGAAAAGGCAGUGCUUGAGAAGGCUCCCAACUUUACACAGCUGUCCAUUGACUCGUGUGACAGGAGUGAUUCAGGAAAAUACACCCUCAGUCUGACCAACAGCAGUGGCUCUGUGUCUGAGUUUGUUGCUGUCAAAGUCCUGGAUACACCUGGAGCCCCACAGAAUCUUGUGGUCAAAGAUGUGAAAAAGGACUCUGUCACUCUUGUAUGGGAUGUUCCAAUGAUUGAUGGGGGUUCCAAAAUUAAGAACUAUGUAAUCGACAAACGUGAAUCAACCAAAAAGGCAUAUGCAAAUGUGUCCACUAAAUGCACCAAAACAACAUUCAAAGUUGAGAACUUAUUUGAAGGUGCUAUGUAUUACUUCAGAGUCAUGGCUGAGAAUGACUAUGGGGUCGGCCAAGCUGUUGAAACAAAAACAGCGUCCAAGGCCUCUGAGGUCCCACAGCCUAUUCGAAAUGUCUUCCUCACUGAUGUCACCAAGGCCAGUGCUUCACUGGCAUGGGAAAAACCAGAGCAUGAUGGAGGAAGUAGAAUUGCUGGCUACCUGAUUGAGAUGCAGCCUAAGGGUACAGAUAAGUGGGGAGUUGCAACAAAUACAAAGACAUGUGAGGGCACUGUCACAGGACUCACAGCUGGGACAGCAUACCUAUUCCGUAUUAUUGCUUACAAUGAGAAGGGGAAGAGUGAACCAAAGGCACUUGCUGCACCGGUUAUUGCCAGUGACAUGACCAUGGAGCCAAGCAUUAAGAUGCAAUUCAACACUUACAGUGUAUUGUCUGGAAAAGACCUAAAGUUGGAAUUCCCUGUGCUUGGCAGGCCCAAACCUAAAGUCACCUGGACCAAGGAUGGUCAGCCUUUAAAGGUGACAUCCAGAAUCAAUGUGGUAAACACUCCAGCAACAACAGCAAUUCAGAUUACUGAGGCAUGCAAAGAGGACUUAGGUAAAUACUCCAUUACAGCAACCAAUGCUGCUGGUACAAUCACUGAGGAUGUGGGUGUCAUUAUCCUUGACAAGCCUGGUCCACCAACAGGUCCAAUCAAGAUUGUUGAAGUGAGCAACACCUUUGUCCAUCUUGCCUGGGAGCCCCCAGUGUACACAGGUGGAUGCCAAGUGAAGAACUAUAUAGUAGAGAAGAGAGACACGACUACCACAACAUGGCAGUCAGUCACCACACAGCUUGCUAGAACUGCUUUCAAGGUCACCAAGCUGAAGACUGGUGCGGAAUACCAGUUCAGAAUUAUAGCUGAAAACAGAUAUGGAAAGGGUGCUUCACUGGACUCCAAGUCCAUUGUCAUACAAUAUCCAUACAAAACACCAGGACCUCCUGGAACACCGAAUGUCAAAUCUGCAACAAAGGAAAUGAUGAUCAUUGAAUGGAAUGAGCCAGUCAUUGAUGGUGGAAGUGCAGUCGUUGGUUACCAUCUGGAAAGCAAAGAGAGAAACAGCAUCCUGUGGAACAAACUGAACAAGACUCUCAUCACUGAUACUCUGUUCAAGAUCUGUAAUCUUGAGGAGGGUAUCGGAUAUGAAUUCAGAGUUUAUGCUGAAAAUAUUGUUGGAAUUGGUAGAUGCAGUAAAGUGUCAGAGUCUUUUGUGGCUCGUGACCCAUGUGAUCCUCCAGGGGCCCCGGAAGCUAUAUCUAUUUCUAAGAAUCUGGUCAAGAUUCAGUGGACUAAACCUCAGUACGAUGGUGGCAGCAAAGUAAAUGGAUAUAUUGUGGAAAGGAAAGAUGUUUCCUCCCCCGAUGGACGCUGGGUAAGAGCUAACUUCACUAAUAUAAUUGAGACUGAAUAUACCAUCACUGGUCUGACAGAGAAUGAGCAAUAUGAAUUUAGAGUUAUUGCAAGAAAUGCAGCAGGAGUCUUCAGUGAACCAUCAGACAGCUCUGGACCUAUUACUGCUACUGAUGAAAUUGAACCACCAAGGGCCUCAAUGGAUCCUAAAUACAAGGAUGUCAUUCUUGUUAAUGCUGGAGAACACUUGGUUCUUGAUGCAGACAUUCAUGGAAAACCAAUUCCAGAUGUUGUCUGGCUAAAAGAGGGCAAAGAAAUGGGUAAAGCCCUGCGCAUUGAAGUGAAAACUACACAGAAGCGUGCAGCCAUGACCAUUAAGGAUGUAACCAAGCUUGACAGUGGCCACUAUGACCUUGUCCUCAAAAAUCUGGGUGGUACCAAAACCUUCCCUAUCACUGUCAAAGUUCUUGAUAAACCAGGUCCACCCACUGGACCCAUGAAAGUGACAGGGGUCAUGGCUGACAGGUGUAUCCUUUCCUGGUCUGAGCCAGCUCUGGAUGGUGGGGCCAGUGUCAUUCACUAUCUCUUGGAGAAGAGGGAGACUAGCAGGUUGUCAUGGACAGUGGCUGCACCAAAUAUCAAGGGUCUGUUCCAUAAAUUAAAAAAUUUGCUCCCUGGAAAUGAAUACAUUUUCAGAGUCAGAGCAGUGAACAAAUAUGGUAUUGGUGAUUAUCUGGAAAGUGAACCCACAAUUGCACGCAAUCCAUACAAGCCACCCAGUGCUCCUGGAACUCCAGAAGCCAGUCAGAUCACAAAGGAUUCAAUGGUUCUGUCAUGGACCCCUCCAGAAUACAAUGGUGGAGCUGAUAUUGAAGGCUACCAUCUUGAAAAACGUGACAAAGAUAGUGUAAGGUGGACAAAAUGCAACAGACAAAAGCUGACUGACACACACUUCAAGGUCACAGGUCUGAUGACAGAUCACUUCUAUGAGUACCAUGUUGCUGCUGAAAAUCAGGCUGGAAUGGGUGACCUCAGUGAACUGUCCCUCUCCUACAGAGCAUGUGAUGCUACAACACCCCCUGCACCUCCACACCAUCCUAAAGUGACAGACUACACUAAGUCGUCUGUGUCUUUGUCAUGGAGGAAACCUGACUUUGAUGGUGGUGCAUACAUCAAGGGCUACAUUGUUGAGAUGAGGGAGUAUACACCAGUGCCCGAAUCAACAGAGGAGGCAGAAGUAGCACCAGCAGUAGGGGCACCAACUGAAAAAGAAUGGACUAUGUGCACUCCAUCCACUGGCAUUCAAGCCACUAAACUCACUAUCACAGACCUGAAGGAGGGUGGAGAGUACCAGUUUCGUGUCUGUGCUCUCAACUCUGAGGGUGUUGGGGAGGCUGCUAAUGUCAGUGGCACUGUGCUUACAUCUGAUAGAGAGGAAGCACCAGAGAUUGAGCUGGAUGCUGAUCUCAGAAAGGUGGUAUCUGUGCGUGCUGGUGGAACUCUGCGUCUGUUUGUCGCCAUUAGAGGAAGGCCUGAACCUGCUGUUAAAUGGGAAAAGGUUGAGGGUACUCUCACAGAGCGCGCUGCAAUUGACACCACCAGUUCAUACACCAUGCUUGUCAUUGACAAUGUCAACCGCUUUGACAGUGGGAAAUACUCGCUUACCCUGGAGAACAGCAGUGGUACAAAAUCUACUUUUGUUGUAGUGAGAAUUUUGGAUACACCAAGUGCACCACAAAACUUUGGUGUAAAGGAGGUCAAGAAGGAUUCAGUGACUCUUGCCUGGGAUACUCCACUCACUGAUGGUGGAUCUAAAAUCACAAACUACAUUGUAGAGAAGAGAGAGUCUGUCAGGAAGGCUUAUACUACGGUCACCUGCAUCUGCACAGCCAACUCAUUCAAGAUUGAAGAGCUACCUGAGGGUGGAACUUUCUACUUCAGAGUCUGUGCCGUUAAUGAAUAUGGCCCAGGACAGAUGGUUGAAACCAAAGAAAUCAAAGUAUCUGAGGUACCUCUGCCACCAAGCAAGGUUACGCUUGUUGAUUUGACAAAGACCAGUGUAUCACUGGCAUGGAACAAACCUGCCCAUGAUGGUGGAAGCAAAGUGAUGUGCUACAAUGUAGAAUUUAAGCCUAAGAGUGGAGAUAAAUGGGGCACAGCCUGCACAGUCAAGGUGCCUGAAGCAAAUAUUCCUAAUCUGACUCCUAAUGAAGUCUAUUUAUUCAGAGUUGUUGCAAUCAACGAGAAAGGAAAGAGUGAGCCGAAGGAUCUAGGCUUGCCUGUGGUUGCAAAGGAUGUUGCAAUUGAGCCCUCGGUUAACUUACUUUUUACCACAUACAGUGUGAAGGCUGGGGAUGACCUCACUCUUGAGGUUCCUGUAAGAGGCAGGCCAAAGCCUGUUGUAUCCUGGAAGAAAGAUGGUCUUCCUUUAAAACAAACAUCAUCAGUGACCAUCUUAAACACUGCGACCUCAUCCAAAAUACUCAUCAAAGAGGCUAGCAGAGAACACGUUGGCAAAUAUGAUAUCACCCUGGCCAACACAGGAGGAACUGUCACAACAGAUAUUGCAGUAGUUGUCCUUGAUAAACCAGGUCCACCCAAAGGUAUUAAAGUAGAUGCUGUGACCUCAGACAGCAUCACACUGUCCUGGUCACCACCAGAUUAUGAUGGUGGCUGCUCCAUCAGUAACUAUAUUGUAGAGAAGAGAGAUACAAACACACAAGAAUGGCAAAUGGUUGCAAGUAAUGUUGCCAGGACAAGUUUCAAGGCUGGCCGCCUCACACAUGGUGCAGAAUACCAAUUCCGUAUCUAUGCAGUCAACCGUUAUGGAAAGAGCACAUAUCUGGAUUCACCUGGAAUUUCUGCUCAGUAUAACUUCAAACAACCUGGACCUCCUUCAACGCCCAUAGUGAAAUUGGCCACCAAGUCUUACAUGUUUGUGAUCUGGAAUGAGCCAGUCAAUGAUGGUGGAAGUUCUGUUCUGGGCUACCAUCUCGAGAGGAAGGAGCGUUCCAGCAUUCUCUGGACAAAGAUGAACAGAGGAAUGAUUAAAGAUACAGAAUACAAAGUCAAUGGAAUAGAAGAGGGCAUGAUGUAUGAAUACCGUGUUUAUGCUGAAAAUAUUGCUGGCAUUGGUAAAUGUAGCAAAGCUUGUGAAGCUGUAGCAGCCAGAGAUCCAUGUGAUCCCCCAGGCACACCUGUGGUCACUGCAGUUACCAGAACAUCGGUCUCCCUUUCUUGGGAUAAACCAGAGUAUGAUGGUGGAGCAAAGGUUUCUGGCUACAUCAUUGAACGCAGAGAUCUUCCAGAAGGACGCUGGACAAGGUGCAACUUUACCAAUGUGCCAGAGACCCACUAUGAUGUGACAGGUCUUACAGAAAAUAGCCAGUUCGACUUCCGUGUCAUUGCUAAGAACGCAGCUGGAUUGUUCAGUGAACCAUCUGACAACACUGGCUCCAUCACUGUCAAGGAUGAUGUGGAUCCACCACGCAUCAUGAUGGAUGUAAAGUUUAGAGAGACAGUGUUUGUGAAAGCAGGUGAAACUCUGAAGAUUAACGCUGACCUUGCUGGGCGUCCUGCUCCUGUCAUCUCCUGGAAGAAGGAUGACAAAGAUAUUGAGUUGAGAGCCAGAAUCCAAAUAAUCUCUACAGAUUCCAGCACUUCUGUCAUUGUUAAGGACUGCAUCAGAAGAGACUCUGGAAAGUAUGCCCUGACUCUACAAAAUAUUGCCGGAACAGUUACUAUGCCAAUAAACUGUGUAAUUAUUGAUAAGCCUGGACCCUCAGCAGGACCUCUGCAGAUCACAGGUCUCACAGCUGAGCAUUGCACCCUGUCAUGGGGUCCUCCUCAGGAGAUUGGUGGUGCUGAUAUCACACAUUACAUUGUUGAGAAGCGUGAGACCAGUCGCUUGGCAUGGACACUGGUUAAGGGAGACAUCACAAAAACAUACUUCAAAGUCACAGGACUGCUAAAGGGCAAUGAAUAUAUCUUCAGGGUUUUGGCUGUCAACAAGCAUGGACGUGGUGAGGCCCUGGAGAGUGAUACAGUAAAGGUUACAGAUCCAUACACUUUUGCCACUGCCCCAGCUAAUGUUGAUGUGAUGACCAUAACUGGAGAUUCAAUGACCCUCACCUGGUGCAAGCCAACCUGUGAUGGAGGCAGCCCCAUCACUGGAUAUGUAAUUGAGCGACGCGAGAAGACAGGAAUGCGUUGGGUCCGAGUGAGCAGAGAUCCAGUUGUUGAAUGUAGCAGUGUAGCAACCAAACUGCGCAAGGGUUGUGAGUAUGACUUCAGAGUCUAUGCUGAAAAUGCUGCUGGUCUGAGUCCUCCAAGUGAACCAUCUGCAACAUUCAGAGCAAUUGAUCCUCUGGUCGUUCCCUCCCGCCCAACCAAGCCAAAACUUGUCAAUUCAACCAAGGACACGGUGUCCAUUGUCUGGAAACCACCAACAGAUGAUGGUGGUGCUCCCAUCCUUGGAUACAGUGUCGAAUACAGAGACUACAUCUGCAAACCAGAGCCAGAGGUAGAGGAAGAAGAGGAAGAAUAUGAGGAGGAUGAAGAGGAAUUACUUGAAUCCCCUGAAGAUCUGGCAAGAUGGGUUGAAGCUAUCCCUCUUACCAAGAGCAUGGAAUUCACAAUCACAGGACUUAAGACUGAUGCAGAAUAUGAAUUUUGUGUCAAGGCACUAAACAAAGUUGGCAGUAGUGUGCGCAGUCCAUAUUCAUUACCAGUUGUAGCAAUGGACAGAACUGCAGAGCCAUCAUUUGAUGUCGAUAUUGAGAUGCGUAAAGUACUUAGUGUUAAACAUGGCGCAGCAUUUACUCUAAAUGUUCCAUUCAAGGGAAAACCUGUGCCAUCAGUGGAAUGGGCCAAGGAGGGUGUUGAUCUUAAAGUCAGAGGAACCAUUGAAUCAACAGAUUCUAGCACUUCACUGACCAUUGACAAGUCCACUAGAAAUGACUCUGGAGAGUACAGUGUCACAAUAGAAUCACCACUGGGAAAAGCAACAUUGCCUGUGGUUGUCAAGGUGCUUGACUCUCCUGGACCCCCUGUCAAUGUCAAAGUGUCAGCAGUAACUAGGGAUUCUGCAACCCUCACUUGGGAAGCUCCAGAGAAUGAUGGUGGUGAUGCAGUGAAGGUCUAUCAUGUUGAGAAACGUGAAGCCAGUAAGAAGGCCUGGGUGUCUGUGACCAGCAACUGCCAUACACUGGCUUACAAGGUGGAAGACUUACAGGAGGGCGCCAUCUAUUACUUCAGAAUUAUUGGAGAAAAUGAGCAUGGAGUGGGUGUCCCUCAGGAGGCCAAGGCUGGAACCAAGAUUACAGAGGCACCAAGUCCACCCAUGAAACUUGGAGUUGCAAAUGUUACCAAGGACAGUAUCACAAUUGCCUGGACAAGACCAGAGUAUGAUGGUGGUAGCAGAGUUGCUGGUUACCUUAUAGAUGCUCUGGAGAAAGGACAGACCAAGUGGGUGAAGUGUGCCACUGUGAGGAGUCUGACUCACACCAUCAAGAACCUGAGGGAGAAUGCGGAGUACUUCUUCAGAGUGAGAGCUGAGAACCAUGCUGGACUCAGUGAACCCAAAGAGAUGAUCGUACCAGUUAUUGUUAAAGAAAUACAAGAGGCGCCAGAGUUUGACCUGACGAACUACCCGAAGAACACAGUUUAUGUCAAAGCAGGAUCUGACCUGACCUUUGAGAUUCCUCUCACUGGCAGGCCCAUGCCGAAGGUGACACUAUCCAAGAACAACGUUGUCAUCAAGGGAUCAAAGAGGCUGCUGACAGAAGUGACACCAGACAGCUUAAUCAUCACUCUAAAUGAAAGCAUUGCAAGUGAUGCUGGCAAAUAUGAAGUCACUGCCUCAAAUGUGGGAGGUACCACAAAGAUCUCUGUUAUCUUCGUUGUGUUGGACAGACCCGGACCUGCUGGUCCAGUUGAGAUCGGAGAAAUUGGCGAGACAACAGUGUGUCUGAAAUGGGCUCCUCCAGAAUAUGAUGGUGGCAGUCCUGUUACUAACUAUAUUGUUCUGAAGCGUGAAACCAGCACUCCCACCUGGGCCGAAGUCUCAACUAACAUUGCCAGAAGUUUGAUCAAGGUGACUAAGCUGACCAAGGGAGAGGAGUAUCAGUUCAGAAUCAAGGCUGAAAAUCGUUUUGGUGUCAGUGACCACAUUGACAGCAAAUCGGUCAUGAUAAAGCUUCCAUACACCAUCCCUGGACCUCCUUCCACACCUUGGAUCAGCUUUGUAUCGAGAGAGAGCCUGACAAUCUGCUGGAAUGAGCCAGUAAAUGAUGGUGGAAACCCUGUGAUAGGAUAUCAUCUACAGAUGAAGGAGAGGAGCAGCAUCCUCUGGCAGAAGAUCAAUAAGACAGCGAUCCCAGCAAACCAGUGGCGAGUUACUAACAUCUGCCCUGGCCUCAUCUAUGAGUUCAAGGUGGCAGCUGAAAAUGCCGCUGGUAUUGGAAAGCUCAGCAAGACCUCUGAGGAGGUGCUUGCUAUUGAUGCCUGCGAGCCUCCAGCAAACGUCCACAUCACAGAAGUCACAAAGAACUCAGUCAGCUUGGCCUGGCAGAGGCCUCCAUAUGAUGGUGGCAGCAAGAUUACCGGCUACAGUGUGGAGAGAAGGGAAGCUGCCAGUGGAAGAUGGGUGAAGGCCAACUUUACCAAUAUUAUUGAAUUGGGUUUCACUGUAUCUGGACUCAACCAGGAUGAGUCUUAUGAGUUCAGAGUGUAUGCCAGGAAUGCUGUUGGUUCUGUCAGCAACCCAUCUCUGAUUGCUGGCCCAGUCAUUUGUGUCGACGCAUGUGGUGCACCAGCCAUUGACCUUCCUCCAGAGUAUCUUGAUGUGGUUCAGUACAAGGCUGGAACAUCAGUUAAGCUCAGAGUGGGAAUUAUUGCCAAACCUCUGCCAACCAUUGAGUGGCUCAAGAAUGGAAAGGAGCUGGUAGCAAGCUCUACUGUGUCUGUGGAAAGUACAACAGACUUCUCUGCUGUUCUGAUCAAGGAUGCAAGUCGCUUUGACACAGGCUCAUAUGAGGUCAAGAUCAAGAAUGUUCUCGGAUCGGCAUCUGCUACCAUCAGGAUUGAAAUCCUAGACAAACCUGGACCUCCAGCAGGCAACAUUAACUUCAACUCCAUCACAGCAGACAAUAUCAUCUUCAGCUGGGAAUCUGUGCCCAAGUCUGACCAGGGAGGUUCUAAGGUGACCCACUAUAUUGUUGAGAGGCGUGAAACCAGCCGAGUGGUCUGGUCCACUGUGUCAGACAAGCACGAACAGACAUAUGUCUCUGUUGGCAAGCUGGUGCGUGGAAACGAAUAUGUUUUCCGCGUCAUGGGUGUUAAUAAGUAUGGAGUUGGAGAGUCACUGGAAUCCGAGCCUGUCAUCGCUAAGAAUGCCUUUGUGACUCCUGGCCAGCCUCGUACUCCUGAAGUGAACAUCAUCACCAAGUCCACCAUGGUGGUAGAAUGGGACAAACCAGGUGUAGAUGGAGGCAGCACUGUGACUGGCUACUACCUGGAAAGACGUGACAAGAAGAGCUUGCGCUGGAUCAGAGUUUACAAAGACCCUGUCACUAAUAUCAAACAGACUGUGUACCACCUGACAGAAGGAAACGAGUACCAGUAUCGGGUCUGUGCCAUUAACAAGGCAGGAGAGGGCCCAUUCUCUGAUGUAUCAGACUACUACAAGGCUGCCGACCCAGUUGAUCCACCAUAUGAGCCUUGCAAGCUGAAAGUGGUGGACUCCACCAAGACAUCUAUCACCUUGGGCUGGUCCAAGCCAGAAUGGGAUGGAGGCAGUGAGGUCACCAGCUACAUGGUUGAGAAGCUUGUUGAGGGAGAGACAGAAUGGGCUAUGAUUACCUCUAAGGGAGAGGUCAAGACAUCAGAGUACACUGUUCAUGACCUAAAACCAGACGUCAACUACUUCUUCAGAGUAUCUGCUGUCAACUGUGUUGGCCGUGGAGAACCUCUGGAAAUGAUUGAACCUGUGCAGGCUAAAGAUAUCCUUGAGGAGGCCCAGAUUGACUCAGACGUGGCCAUGAGGACUCACUACAUUGUGAAGGCUGGCAAGGAUGUGGAGCUAUCUGUUCCUCUGAAAGGCCGACCUGCGCCCACUGCUUCAUGGAGCAAGGGAGACGAAUGCAUCGAUCGUAACCCCAAAUAUGAGUUCCACCACUCAGACACAACCACAGUCCUUGUUAUGCGUGAGGUGACCAGGCUUGACACUGGAAAGUACACACUCAGGAUAGAAAAUGGUGUGGGAGAAGCCAAGACUCUGACCCUGUCCGUGAAAGUCCAGGACACCCCAGCUCAGUGCAGAAACCUGGUGCUCAAGGACGUGACUCGUGGAAAGGUUACUCUCUUCUGGGAGCCUCCACUACUCGAUGGUGGUGCCGAGAUCACAAACUACAUUGUUGAGAAGAGGGACUCCUCCAAGAGAUCCUUCUCUGCAGUGACAAGCAAAUGCACAGACACGACAUACACUAUUGAAGAUCUGUCUGAAAAGACAUCCUUCUUCUUCCGUGUGUUAGCAGAGAAUGAGAAUGGUGUUGGUGAUCCAUGUGAUACACUUGAGCCUGUGAAGGCCACAGAGACUCCAGGACCAGUCAAGGAGGUCUCUAUGAAGGAUUCAUCAAAGACAUCUGUCACUCUGCAGUGGCUGAAGCCUGAUUACGAUGGUGGCAGCAUCAUCUCUGACUACGUCAUUGAGAAGAAGCUUAAGGGCGAGGAAUGGUCAUCUGGAGGAACCAGCAGACAAUGUGAGUUUGAGGUCAAGAAACUCAAGGAGCACUCGGAGAUGUUCUUCAGAGUGGCUGCCAGAAAUGAGAAGGGACAGGGUGAUUUUGUUGAGACUGGACCCAUCAAGGUCAUUGACUACAUCAUCACACCUGAGGCAAGCCUUGCUGAGUACCCAGAUGGCAGAGUCAGUGUUCGCCUGGGUCACAAUGUGCACAUUGAGCUGCCAUACAAAGGUAAACCCAGACCUGCUAUUCUGUGGCUGAAAGACAAUCUGCCGCUGAAGGAGAGUGACCAAGUUCGCUUUAAGAAGACAGAAAACAAAGCCACUCUGAUGAUAAAGAAUGUGAAGAAGGAAAAUGAGGGUAAAUACACCCUGACCCUGGACAAUAAAGUCAACAGGAGAUCCUUCCACAUUCAUGUCAUCACACUUGGACCACCAUCAAAGCCUGUUGGCCCCAUCCGACUGGAUGAAGUGAGAGCCGAGAGAAUCAUGAUCUCCUGGGAUGAACCCAAUGAUGACGGUGGUGGAGAUAUCACCUGCUACACAGUGGAGAAGCGUGACACGUCCCAGUCGGACUGGAAGAUGGCUUGCUCUAGUGUAGAAGGUACUCAAUUUAAGGUCUCCAAUCUGAUCAAGGGUGUCCAGUACCAGUUCAGAGUGUGUGCUGAGAACAGAUAUGGAGUCAGUGAGCCUCUGAUCUCACAGAUGGUCAUUGCCAAGCACCAGUUCAGGCCUCCAGGCCCACCAGGCAAGCCUGUUGUGUACAAUGUCACUAACGAUGGAAUGACCAUCCAGUGGGAGCAGCCCAUCUAUGAUGGUGGUACCCCCAUUCAGGGCUUCCAUGUGGAGAAGAAAGAAAAGAACAGCAUCAUGUGGCAAAAGGUGAACACGAUGCUGAUCAAAGAAACCGACUACAGGAUUUUGGAACUCAUUGAAGGCCUUGAGUACUCCUUCAGAGUCUACGCCCAGAAUGAUGCUGGCUUCAGCCGAAUGAGUGAUGAGAGCAAGUCAACCAUGGCCGUCAGUCCUGUUGAUCCUCCUGGUCAGCCCGACUACACAGAUGUGACCAGUGACUCUGUGACACUGAAAUGGGAUGCACCCAAACGUGAUGGUGGUAGCAAGAUUGCCGGUUACAACAUAGAAAAACGUCAAGGACAUGGUCGCUGGUUCAAGGCCAACUUGACCGACGUACAUGAUUGCCAGUACGCUGUCACUGGGUUGGCGACAAAUGAACGCUACGAGUUCAGAGUAAUCGCCAGAAAUGCCAUUGGUGUUGUCAGUCCUCCUUCCAACUCUUCUGGCUUGAUUGUAGUCAGAAGUGAGAAUGCUUCUCCAAAUAUAGAGUUUGGCCCAGAGUACUUUGAGGGUUUGACAGUCAAAGCAGGAGACAACAUCAGGCUUAAGGUCACCAUCACUGGACGUCCAGUGCCCAAGGUCAUCUGGUACAGAGACGGUGUGCAGGUUACCAAAAAGAUGAUGGACAUUAUCAAUGUAGCUGGAUCCACUACCCUGUUUGUCAGGGAUGCUGACCGAACACACCGUGGCCUCUACACUGUGGAGGCUACCAAUGGAUCUGGAUGCAAGAAAGAGAACAUCCUUGUUCAAGUCCAAGACACACCCGGAGAGCCAGUGGGACCCAUCACUUUCAGUAAUAUCUCAGAGGGCAGGUGCACUCUGUCCUGGAACCCACCAGAGAACGAUGGCUGCUCUGAGAUUUCACAUUACAUCAUUGAAAAACGUGAGACUGCCAAGAUCUCUUGGGCCUUGGUGUCUGAUGAAUGUGAGGAGUGCAUGUUCAAUGCGACCAAGCUCAUCAAGACCAACGAGUACCAGUUCAGAGUCUCUGCUGUUAACAAGUUCGGAGUAGGCAGACCUUUGGAAUCCAGCCCUGUCAUCGCACAGCUGCAGUACACUACUCCUGAAGCUCCAGGAACUCCUGAUGCCACCGAGGUGACAGGGGAGAGCAUCACUCUCUCAUGGACACCUCCAACAUCUGAUGGAGGAAACUCCAUUCAGUACUACAUUGUGGAGAAACGAGAAAAGAAAACUGUCCGGUUCUACAAGGUGAUUACUAAGAAGCCCAUUACUGAAUGUGCUCACAAGGUGCUUCACCUGACAGAAGAUACAGAAUAUGAGUUCCGUGUCAUGGCCGUGAACGAUGCUGGUGUUGGAGCUCCGAGCAACAUCUCUAUGCCAAUUAAAGCCGCAGAGCCAAAGGAUAUUCCAUGUGCUCCCUCUGUGGUCUGUGUAUCUGACUCCACUAACACAUCAAUCAGUCUGGAAUGGAGCAGGCCUGCAGAUGAUGGAGGUAUGGAGGUCCUGGGCUACAUUAUCGAGAUGGUGAAGGGAGAAGACACAGAAUGGAAGAGAGCAAAUACAGAGCUGGUGGCAGAAACGAAUUACACGGUGACUGGUCUCCAGACAGGAGUUAUGUACAAGUUCCGUGUUGCAGCUGUUAAUCACGUGGGUAGAGGUGAGGAAAAGGAGACUCCAGAGCCUGCACAGGCUGUAGACAGGCUGACACCACCACAGGUGGAUAUUGACGCCACUUUCAAGCAGACACACAUUGUGAAGGCUGGAGGUUCGGUGUGUCUGGGCAUCCACUUCAGAGGAAAACCCACCCCCACAGCCACCUGGGUGAAAGAGGAAGGAGAGCUGGGUGCCAUGUCAGAAAUCACCACUACAGAUGGCUUCAGUUCUAUGACCAUUGAAAACUGCUCUAGAAAUGAUACAGGAAAAUACACUGUUAGCCUGGAGAAUGCCAGCGGCAGCAAGGCCAUUACAUUCACUGUAAAGGUGAUGGACACCCCUGGAGCUCCACAGGCUGUUGUCUUCAAGGAGGUAUCCAGAGGCUCAGUCACACUAACAUGGAAGCCUCCUCUCAAUGAUGGUGGAGCCCGAAUCCAUCACUAUAUUGUUGAGAGGCGUGAGGCCAGCCGUCGCACUUGGCAGCAGUCUGGUGGCAAAUGCACGCAGCACAUCCUGAAGAUCCAAGACCUGCUGGAGGGAGUACCGUACUUCUUCAGAGUCUCUGCCGAGAACCAGCAUGGUGUGGGUGAAGCAUUUGAACUGACUGAGCCUGUCAUUGCCACUGCAGAGCCAGCGUCUCCAAAGAGAAUGGACAUCCUGGACACCACAGACAAUUCUGUGUUGCUGGGCUGGCUGAAACCUGAGCAUGAUGGUGGCAGCCGCAUCCAGUGUUACGUCAUCGAGGCAAAGCCAAAGGGUACAGACAAAUGGGUUGUGGUUGGUAACACCAAAAAUCUCACUUAUGUGAUUGAAAAGCUCAACAAGGGCGAUGAGUAUGACUUCCGUGUGAAGGCCAAGAAUGAAUCCGGCUACAGCAAGCCCAGGGAAACUUUGGCUCCUGUGCUGGUCAAAGAGCCUCAUAUUGAACCUGCUGCUGACCUCAGUGAGAUCACCAACCAGCUGAUCACGUGCAGCUCAGGCCGCACCUUCACCAUUGAUGUUCCCAUCAGUGGUAGACCUUCUCCUAAAGUCACCUGGAAGCUGGAGGAAAUGAGGCUGAAGAGCUCAGACAGAGUCUCCAUUAAAGUAACUAAAGACCAAACCAGUAUCUCAGUCAAAGAGGCCAUGAGGGGAGACGGUGGUAAAUACUACCUGACUCUGGAGAAUGUGGCAGGAACAAGGACCUUCACUAUUGAAGUGAAUGUCACAGGUAGACCCAGUCCUCCAACUGGUCCCAUCGAAAUCUCUUCCAUCACCUCUGAGUCCUGCGUUGUUAAUUGGCAACCACCAGAGGAUGAUGGUGGCACUGACAUCACCAACUACAUUGUGGAGAAACGUGAGUCUGGUACCACAGCCUGGCAGCUCAUCAAUUCCAGUGUGAAACGCACAAAUCUUCAUGUCAGUCACCUGACCAAGUACAUGCAGUACACAUUCAGGGUCUCUGCUGAGAAUAGAUUUGGUGUCAGCAAACCCACUGAGUCUAAGACCAUUGUCGCAGAGCAUCCCUUCACACCUCCUGGCCCACCAACAAAGCCUUCAGUCUUCAAUGUCACUGCCAACACAAUGACCAUGAAGUGGGAGGAACCCUACCAUGAUGGUGGCAGCAAAGUGACAGGCUACUGGAUUGAGAAGAAGGAGAGGAACAAUAUCCUGUGGGUGAGGGAGAACAAGAUCCCUUGCUUCGAGUGUUACUACAAGGCGGAAGGUCUAGUUGAAGGCCUGGAGUACCAGUUCAGGGUUUAUGCCAUGAACAGUGCUGGGCUGAGCAAAGCCAGUGAGGCCUCCAAGGGAGCAGUUGCGCAAAACCCAGUUGAUUCUCCAAGUAAACCAGAGGUCACAAAUGUCACAAGAACCACAGUCUCCCUCAAGUGGUCUUCUCCACUAAACGAUGGUGGCAGUCCAAUCGUGGGCUACAUCAUCGAGCGUAAGCCAUACAUUUUGACUGGUGAGGGCCGCUGGCUCAAGUGUAACUACACCAACGUGACCAACAAUUUCUACACUGUUACUGCCCUGGGAGAAGGAGAGCCCUAUGAGUUCAGAGUCAUUGCCAAGAAUGCCAACCAGGUCUUCAGUCGGCCAUCCGAGUCCACUGGAUCUGUGCAGUGCAAGACCGACUUUGAGCCUCCAAAGGCCCAGCUGGACAGCAAACUCCUGUCUGAAACUGUGAUGGUCAGAGCUGGUUCAGACCUGGUUCUGGACGCUGCAGUGGGAGGCAGGCCGGACCCCAAGGCUUCCUGGUCCAAGGGCAACAGGGAGCUGGAGUUAUGUGAAAAGUACAACCUGCAGUAUACCCCCACAAGGGCCAUGGCUAUAAUCAAAUUCUGUGACAGAGAUGACACUGGAAAGUACAUCCUCACAGUGAGGAACGUGAGCGGAACCAAGACUGCUGAGGUCAACGUCAAAGUGCUUGAUACACCUGGAGUGUGUGAAGGCAGCAUUGAAAUCAGCAAAAUCACACAGGAGUCAUGCACCUUGAGCUGGAAGCCUCCACAAGAGGAUGGCGGUGACGAUGUCUCUCACUACAUUGUGGAGAGACGUGACACCAACAGGCUCAACUGGGUUAUCAUGCAUGCAGAGUGCAAGGAGCUGACUUGUGACAUCACCGGGUUGUUCAAGAACACAGAGUACCUGUUCAGAAUACGGGGAGUCAACAAGUACGGAGCUGGAAUUCACCUGCAGUCAGAACCCAUGGUCGCCAGAAAUACGUUCACUGUGCCAACUCCUCCUGGAUGUCCAGAGAUCCUGGCAUCAGGAAAAGACUUUGCCACCAUCGAGUGGCUGAAGCCAGAGAGCGACGGUGGCAGCCCGUUGAUCCACUACCUGGUGGAAAGGCGUGAGAGAAAGAGUGCCCGCUGGGUGAAGGUGAACAGGGAUGGAGCUCACCUUGACACCACACUGAAGGUGUCUGGUUUGACCGAAGGCAACAUCUACCAGUUCAGAGUGACUGCCAUCAACAAGGCUGGAGAGAGUGAAGCCAGUGAGGUUUCUCUGUAUGUCAUCUGCAGAGUGCCAACAUGCACCCCAGCUCCUCCCUCCAUCCCUCGUAUCACUGACACCCAUGCUGACAGCAUCAGCUUGGCCUGGUCCCGCCCUGUGGAGGACGGAGGAGCUGAUGUGAUCGGCUACAUUCUGGAGAUGCAGGAGGCCGGAGCAGAGGAGUGGAAGAAGGCCCACGAAAAGACCCUUCGUGCUGCUGAGUAUGUGGUGACCGGACUUUCUGCAGGCAAGAAAUACUGCUUCAGAGUGGCUGGCAUCAACAUUAAUGGUACAGGAGACUUUAGUGAACCCUGUGCUGAGACUGAACCAGUGGAGAGAAUUGAAAUUCCUGACUUCGAGCUCCAUGACGACCUUAAGAAGACCAUCUGCCUCCGCGCUGGUGGCUCCCUCCGCCUAUUUGUCUCUGUCACUGGUCGUCCCAAUCCUGCCAUCUCUUGGAGCAAGCCAGAUGUUGACCUUCACAAUAGAGGCUUCAUUGAGGUCACCAAUACAUCCACCACACUCAUCAUUGACAAGGUCCACCGCUACGAUGCGGGCAAGUACACACUGGUAGCGGAGAACUCUGCAGGCAAACAGGAAGUCAGCAUCCUGGUCAAGGUCUAUGAUACUCCUGGACCAACUGGACCAAUCAAGAUCAAGGAGCUGAACAAAGAUUCUGCCAUCAUCACUUGGGAAGCACCAACUGUAGAUGGUGGUGCUCCUGUCAACAACUACAUCAUUGAGAGGCGUGAGGCCUCAAUGAGAGCCUACAAGACCAUCACGUCCAAGUGCAGCAAGACGUCCUAUAAGAUAGAUGGCCUGAUGGAAGGCAUGCUGUACUACUUCCGGGUCCUCCCUGAGAACAUUUAUGGAAUUGGAGAACCCCGUGAGACUCCUGACGUCAUCCUGGUUUGCGAGGUGCCUUUGCCACCACACAAGCUGGAGGUGAUCGAUGUCACCAAGAACACCGUUAUCCUGGGAUGGCAGAAGCCUGAGCAUGAUGGUGGCAGCAGACUGACAGGCUACAUUAUUGAGGCCUGCAAGUUCGGCACCGACAAAUGGAUGAAGGUGGCCACACUGAAGCUCACAGACUUUGAGCACACCAUUGAGAAGCUGAAUGAGCAUGAACAGUAUUUGUUCAGAAUCAGAGCAAUCAACAGCAGAGGAGUCAGUGAGCCCAAAGAGCUUCUUACAGCUGUCACUGUGCAGGAACAGAGAGUGAUGCCCAUGGUGGACUUCUCCAGUAUUCCUCAGAAGAUUGUCAAUGUUCUCGCUGGCAAGACUCUGGAGCUGGACCUCCCCCUCAUUGGCAGACCUCCUCCAAUCUGCUCUUGGUACUUGCAUGACAACAAGAUAAAAAUCACUGACCGUGUCAAGAUCAAGAGCACCGGCAAGUUCUCCAAACUCACUGUGUCUGACACCACUAUCGAUGACACUGGUGAUUACACCCUUGAGGUGAAGAAUGCAGUUGGCGUCAUCACAGAGGUCAUCAAGGUUAUCAUCCUGUCUAAACCUGAUGAACCAAAGGGACCCAUCAGAUUUGAUGAGAUUGAUGCCACCACCGUCACCUGCAGCUGGGAUCCUCCAGUCAGAGAUGGUGGCGCUCCCGUCAGUGGCUACGUGGUAGAGCAGCGCGAUGCUCACAGACCUGGCUGGUUGCCUGUCUGUGAUUCUGUUAGCCGACCCACUUUCAAGUUUGAAAAACUGAUUGAGGGAGAUGAGUAUGUCUUCCGUGCAGCUGCCAUGAAUCGUUAUGGCACUGGAGAGUUCCUACAGUCUGACAUUGUCACCUGCAGGAGCUUGAAUGAUGUGCCUGGACCUCCUGGCCGUCCAACAGUUUUUGAUGUUUCUCGUGAUGGCAUGACUGUUGCUUGGAACCCACCAGAAGAAGAUGGUGGCCUUGAGGUUUCUGGAUACAUCAUAGAGCGCAAAGAAGUCAGGUCUGACAGAUGGGUGCGUGCUAACAAGAACCCCGUCACCAUGACCAGAUACAGGUCAACAGAGCUGAUAGAGGGCCUGGAGUUUGAACACAGAAUUACUGCCAUCAAUGCCAGAGGACUGAGUAAACCAAGUCUGCCAUCCAAACCAGCUGUGGCAACAGAUCCCAUCGAUCCACCUGGUUGUCCACAAAACCCGAGGAUCACUGAUACCACCAAGUCCUCAGUAUCAUUGGCUUGGAGUCCACCUGACGAUGAAGGAGACGCAAGAGUGAAUGGUUACCUGAUUGAGAUGCAGAAGGCAGGCACUAUGGCCUGGAUCAAGUGCAACACCACCCCAUCUCUGAUCUGUGAAUACACACUGACCAACAUGCCACAAGGAGAGGAGUUCAAAUUCCGUGUGAUGGCCUGCAAUGCUGGUGGCUCUGGAGAGCCUGCUGAAGUGCCUGGAACUGUCACAGUGACCGAGAUGCUUGAAUCUCCUGAUUAUGACUUGGAGCUGAAGUACAAAGAUGUGUAUGUGGUCCGCCAGGGAGGCGUAGUUAGACUCUCUGUACCCAUCAAGGGUAAACCUCUUCCAGUUUGCAAAUGGUUGAAGGAUGCAAGUACAGUCUCCACGAAGGCCAUGAUUGCCUCCACGGAAGAUGCCAGUGAGCUGGUGAUCAAGGGGGCUGAGAGGGGUGACUCCGGUUUGUAUGACCUCCUGCUGGAGAAUAAGGUCGGCAAAAAGAAGGCCCAAAUCAAGGUAAAGGUCAUUGGGCGCCCAGGUGCUCCAGAGGGACCAAUGGUCUUUGAGGAGAUCCAGGCAAACUCUGUCAAGGUGGCAUGGAAGGUACCCACUGACGAUGGGGGCUCAGAGAUCUUGGGUUAUAUUGUGGAAAGACGUGAGGCAGCCAGAAACGCCUGGUACACCGUGGACUCGAGAGUGACUGACACUCAGCUGGUUGUCAAGGGCCUGAAGGAGGGAACAGAGUACCACUUCAAGGUCACUGCUGAAAACUCUUUCGGCGUUAGUGCCUCUCUGAAGUCAGAGCAGCCAGUGGUGCCUAAGACUCCUCUUUGUCCUCCUGAGCCUUCAAGCACUCCACCAGAGAUCAUGGACGUCACCAAGAGCUCUGUGGCACUGGCUUGGUCCAGACCAAAGGACGACGGCGGUUCUGCCAUCACUGGCUACUUUGUUGAAUACAAGGUGGUGUCUACUGAAACGUGGUCCCGCCACCAGACAAAGAUCACCUCUACCAUGUUUACUCUGCCUGGACUCACCCCUGACUCAGACUAUCAGUUCCGCAUUGUUGCCAUGAACGACAUCGGUGAGAGUGAGGCUGGUCCUGUGUCGGACCCAGUCACAUGCAAGGAUCCAUUUGACAAGCCAAGUCAACCAGGUGAGAUUGACACAGUUAAUGUGACAAACAACUUCAUCACCAUACGCUGGCAAGCUCCAGAGUGCGACGGUGGAAAGGAAGUCCUUGGCUACUGGGUGGAGUACAGGAAAUCAAUUGAAAGCACCUGGAAGAAGUCUAACAAGCAGAGGGUGAAGGAAAAGGAGUUCACCAUGCCUGGACUAACUGAGGCCACAGAGUACGAGUUCAGAGUGUUUGCUGAAAAUGAGACAGGGAUGAGCAGACCUCGAAGGACUACCACAUGCAUCAAGACCAAACUGAGCGUUGAAACUAAGCCAAGCCUGAGGAAAGAAAUGGAUGAAGUAACUGUCAAACUUGGCCAGCCUGCGGUCAUGAAGUGCCAGAUCAUUGGUAGACCUGUUCCUGAAAUCAAGUGGUAUCAUGGUGACAGGGAGAUUGUCGAGUCUCGCAAGUAUGAGAUGAGCUCCGAUGGCCGCAACCACUCCCUGUCAAUAAUGACCAACCAGCAAGACGAUGAGGGAGAGUACACCUGUAAGGCCAUCAAUGAUGCUGGAGAUGCUGAGACCACAGGUAUCCUGGUGUUGGAAGCAGCUCCAUCCUUCCAUGCUGACUACCCAUUGAAGGAAACCUACUAUGCUGGCCUGGGAACUACCCUGCGUAUCCACGCCGUCUACAUUGGCCGCCCAGAGCCAAAGAUCAUGUGGCUGCAUGGAGCAAAGACUCUGGAGAACACAGAAGACAUCAACAUUGAGACAACUGAGCAUUACACACACCUGGUCAUUAAGAAUGUGCAACGCAGAUUACAUGGAGGCAAAUACAGGAUCAGACUGCACAACCACUUUGGCAGGGCUGACACUGCAUUCAAUGUAGAGAUAUAUGACAAACCUGACAUGCCACAGGGUCCCAUUGUCCUGGACGCCCUCCUGAAGAACUCUGUCAUCAUCAGCUGGAAGUCUCCCAAGGACGAUGGAGGCUGCAUGAUCACCAACUACAUUGUGGAGAAGCGUGAGGACAAGGAGGGAACAGAGUGGGAACUGGUGUCGUCAUCCAUUAAUGGAACAUCUUGCCGUGUCCUUAACCUCAUCGACAGUGCUGGAUACUUCUUCCGUGUGUACGCCCAGAAUCGCUAUGGCAACAGUGAGCCAUUAGAGCUCACUUCACCUAUUCUUAUCAAGAGCCAAUUGGAGAAACCAUCACCACCUCUGUCGCCAGUUGUGUCGGCAAUUACCAAGGACUCCUGCGUCGUUUCCUGGAAGCCUCCACUCAGCGAUGGUGGCUCCAAGAUCAAGAGCUAUUGCCUUGAGAAGAAGAACAAGAAGGACAGAAAGGAAUGGACCGAAUGGACUCUGGUGACCACAGAUGAGAUCAAACAGACAGUGUUCUCAGUGAAACGUCUCAAUGAGGGUGUCGAGUACAUCUUCCGUGUGAAGUGUGAGAACCUUGGAGGACAGAGUGACUACAGUGAGGAGACCACUCCCAUGGUUCCAAUCACAGCUGUCGAGAUCCGUGCUCCAGCCUUCAAGGAGGAGCUGAGGAACAUGAGCGUCAAGUACAAGAGCAAUGCCACCAUGGUCUGCAAGAUCAUAGGACAGCCCAAACCUGUGAUCAAAUGGUUCAGACGAGGAAAGGAGAUCCAUUCUGAUGGAAAGAAGAUCAAGAUCCAGGAGUUCAAGGGAGGUUACCACCAGCUAGUUAUUACUGAGGCUGAUGAGGAAGACUCCACUGUUUACCAGAUCAGAGCCACCAACCAGGGAGGCUCCAUCUGUGCUACAGUCUCUUUGGAUGUUGAAGUACCUGCCACAAUCCACCUGCCGAAGAACCUUAAGGACAAAGAAGCCAUCCCUGCCCUGCGUGGAGAGAUGGUUAAUAUCAAGAUUCCUUUCGGUGGCAAACCAGAUCCUGUCAUUACAUGGCAGAAAGGACAAGAUCUCAUCGACAGCAAUGGCCACUACCAGGUCAUUGUAACCAGGUCAUUCACAUCCUUGGUGUUCCCCAAUGGAGUGGAGAAGAAGGAUGCUGGUUUCUACAUUGUGUGUGCCAAAAACAGAUUUGGCAUCGACCAACAGACAGUUGAGUUGGAUGUGGCUGAUGUGCCUGAUCCUCCACGUGGUGUCAAAGCCAGUGAUGUCUCCAGAGACUCAGUUAAUCUGAACUGGGUGGCGCCAGCUAAUGAUGGUGGCAGUAAGGUCAUCAGCUACAUCAUUGAGAAAUGCCCCACCACUGCUGAGAGGUGGGAACGUGUUGCCCAGUCCCGUGACACUCACUACACCGUGAUCAAUCUGUUUGGAGGAACCAGCUAUCAGUUCAGGGUCAUUGCUGAGAACAAAUUUGGACAGAGUGCUCCAUCUGAGACCAGUGGACCUGUCAUGACUAAAGAGGACAAAUCCAGAGUUCUGCUUUAUGACAGGGAGGUUGACGAUACUGGACGUGUUCCCAAGGGCAAGGUUCAACACUCUGAUGCCAAGAAUCUGCAUAACAAAUAUGCUAUCGCAGAGGAAGUGGGCAGAGGUCAGUUUGGCAUUGUCCACCGCUGUGUUGACAUUAGCUCUGAGAAGACAUACAUGGCUAAAUUUGUCAAAGUGAGAGGCGCUGAUCAAGCAAUAGUCAAGAAGGAAAUAUCAACACUGAACUUGACCCGACACACUAACUUCCUCCUUCUCCAUGAGUCUUUUGACAGCCCAGAGGAGCUGGUGAUGAUCUUUGACUUCAUCUCUGGUGUCGACAUCUUUGAGCGCCUUAGUGCAGCUGACUUUGAGCUUAAUGAGCAAGAGAUUGUUAACUACAUCAGGCAGAUCUGCUCAGCUCUGGAGUUCUUGCAUGCCCAGAGCUAUGGACACUUUGAUAUCAGACCUGAGAACAUUGUGUACACAACUAGAACCAGCUCUAAUGUAAAGAUCAUCGAGUUUGGCCAGUCCAGACACCUAACUCCUGGAGAACAAAUCAAGAUUCAGUAUACCACUGCAGAGUAUGCUGCUCCUGAGAUCCACCAAUGUGACAUGGUCAGCAGUGUCACUGACAUGUGGUCGGUUGGUGUCCUUGCCUAUGUACUCCUCAGUGGACUUAAUCCAUUCACAUCUGAAACCAACCAACAGAUGAUUGACAACAUCUCCAAUGCAGCCUAUAGCUAUGAUGAUGAAUCCUUCACGCAGGUCAGUGUUGAUGCAUUAGACUUUACAGACCGCCUCAUGACAAAGGAUCGUAAACAUCGUAUGAGUGCUGCCGAGGCUCUGGUGCAUCCUUGGCUCGCCAAGUCUGCAGAGGAAAUCAGUACCAGAGCAAUCGCAACUGGUAGGCAUAAAAGAUAUUACCAAACAAUGGUGAGAAAAGAGUGGAACACUGUUGUCUCUGCAGCCCGUGUGGCCAGUGGUGGCUCCAUCAGGUCCCAGCGUGGAGUCUUUGUCGCCAAGGUGAAGAUUGCUCCAUUUGAACAUGGUCCUGUUGCAGGACAGAUUGGCCAUGCAGUGGUGAAUGAAGGAGACAGUGUGAAAUUCAUCUGCCACAUUGACAACUAUGAUAGCACUACUGAAGUGACAUGGUACUGUGGAGUCAGGCAGCUUGAAGCUGGUGAAAAAUAUGAAAUUGAAUAUGAGGAUGGCCUGGCUGUAAUCACCAUCAACAAGGUCACAAGGGCAGAUGAUGGUACCUACAGGUGCAAGGUUGUGAAUGAGUAUGGUGAAGACAGUGCCUACGCAGAGUUGUUUAUCAACAGUGUUAGAUCGGCCCGCGAGUACUUCACCACUCGCGUGGUCAAGAAAACAAAACGCAGAGUUGACACUGCCAGAAUGCUUCAGAAACCACCAGAGUUCACCCUUCCUCUGGUCAAUAGUACGGCCUACAUUGGUGAAGAUGUGCGCUUUGGUGUCACCAUAACUGUUCACCCUGAACCUCGUGUCAUCUGGCACAAAUCGGGACAGAAACUUAUCCCAGGAAACGAUGACAGGAAAUAUACCUUCAUCAGUGACAAGGGUCUUUAUCAGUUGAUUAUCCACAAACUGGACAAGGAGGAUGAUGCAGAAUAUAGUGUUGUGGCACGUAACAGGUAUGGUGAUGACAGCUGCAAGGCUCGUCUUACUGUUGUUCCUCGGCCUAAACCAGCAGAUCUCACCCUGAGGCCCAUGUUCAAACGGCUGCUAGCAAACGUAGAGUGCAGGGAGGGCCAGAACGUACGAUUUGAAAUAAGAGUGUCUGGCCACCCCACACUGAAGUGGGAGAAAGAUGGCACACCUUUGGCCUUUGGACCUUCUAUUGAGGUUGUCCAUGAGGGUCUUGAUUACUUCAUCCUUCAUGUGAGAGACACUCUCCCUGAGGACUCUGGCAUAUACAGAGUUACUGCUACCAACUCUGCUGGAUCUGCCAGUUGCCAGGCCACACUCAAAGUUGAGCGUGUCACUCAUGUAAAGAAGGAAUAUGAGACCAGUGAAAAGGAAAAGCAAAAGGUAUCUGGAAAGGAACAAUUGGACAAAAAGGUGAGGCUCUACCAGAUUAUGUCUGGCACAGUUGUUGCACCUCUACCACCUUUAGCAGUACAAGCUGUCAGGGAGGCAGCCACCAUGUUCAAACCGGCUGUGACAACUAAGAAGGGCGAGAAGACUGAGGCUGAGAUACAGAAAGAACAAGAGGAGAGGAAGAAGCGAGCAGAUGAGAAGAGGCUGCGUAUGCCCUAUGACGUCCCCAGUCCUCGUGUCAUUAACCCAGCUGUUCUCGAGGAAGAUGUGGAAAUAAAACACUUCAAGCCACUCUCUGACAUGAAAUGGUACAAGAAACUGCGCGAUCAGUAUGAGUUCCCUGAGCCUAUGGAAAAAAUAAAGCACAAGAGGAUGAAGCGUAUUCGCCUCUCCAGGUGGGAGCAGUUCUAUGAGGUGCCAAUCAGGAUCAAGGACCAGUAUAAGCCUAAGUGGCGCAUCUCAUCCAUUACUCAGGAUGACUUGGAGACUGUGAGGCCUGCAAGGCCUCGCACUCCUUCCCCUGAGAUGGAGGCAUACCACAGGAUCAGGAGGAGAUCCCUGGGUGACCUGUCCGACGAGGAACUGCUGCUGCCUGUGGAUGAGUAUCUGUCCAUGAAGAGAAUUGAGGAGGAGAGACUUCGUCUGGAGGAAGAGCUGGAACUUGGGUACUCUGCUUCUCCACCGAGCCUCAGCCCAGUUCGCUUUGAACUCUCUGCCCUGCGUCCUUCAUCUCCUAGAAGAGUCUACAGUGAAGAUGAAGAGGAAGAAGGGGUCCGCAGAUAUGACUCCUACCGAAUUCCAUCUAAAUAUGAAGCUGGUCCAAGUUUUGUUGAACUUCGUCAACGUCACGACAAAGCCACACACAAACCUCAGAGACAGAAACAGAGGGUUUAUGAAGAUAGAGAAGAUCAGGAGCUGCUGCGCCCACACACCACUGCUCAGAGAAUCACAUCAUACAAGAGUGAACUCAAACGCAUGGAGUUUGAGGAGAAGACGCGAACCUCUAAAAAGGAAACAACUGUCACUGUUGCAAAAGUCUCUGAGAGUGUUGAAUCUGAGAACCUGACAUCCUUUACCUCUGAAUAUAUUCCCAAACCCAUAAAGAAGCUUCCAAUGCCUGAACCUGCGAGGGGAAGAUCUCCUACCCCAGAAAAGGCUGUGAAGACAGACGUCGCCUUUCCUAGAGUUGACUUUGCAUCCAGAUACGAGGAGAGGAAGCGGGCUCUGAGGUCAGAGAGAAGGUCAGUGGAGAGGAAGAUUGAGGUUGUGACACAGGCUCCUUUUAGCCUUGACCAUGCUCCACAUAUAACCAUCAGGUUACGAUCUCAUCGUGUCCCCUAUGGCUCCAACACAAGGUUCACCCUGAACGUCCAGGCAAAACCAGAAUCUGAGGUCAAGUGGUUCCACAAUGGAAAAGAGAUUCAUCAGAGCAGCAAGUACCACAUGACCAAUAUCAGUGGAGUGCUGACCCUCCAGAUCAUCAACUGUGAGACUGAGGAUGCUGGAACUUACCGUGUUGUCUGCAAAAACACCAAAGGAGAGACUUCUGAUUAUGCAACAUUGGAUGUUGUAGAAGCAGAAUUUGCUGUUUUCUCUUCACUCCGCAAAGAUGAGGAGCCUCCAUCCGCCCAUCUGCCUGAAAUGACCAAAACAGUGGAAUAUCACGUCUCCUCCUCUAAAACAACAGAAACCGUGACUGAAACUGUUAAAGAGACCACUACUGUUGUUGAGAAGCCGAGGGAGAAGCCAAGUGCUCCUGCUCAGAUCCUGACCAAACCACAGUCCCUCACUGUGGAGGAGGGGGACCUUGCCAGAUUUGAGUGCGAUGUUGCUGGUGAACCAGCACCUUCUAUCACCUGGAUGCAUGAAGGCGCAGUUGUUGCUUCUUCUGCUCGUCACCACAUUGUCUCUACCCAGUACAACUCCUCCUUUGAGAUCUCUGCUGUUGAGGUGUCGGAUGAAGGCAGCUACACUCUCCUGGUGGAAAAUGGUGGAGGCAAACAAGAGGCUCAUUUCACUCUCUCGAUCCGCAAAUCUGAUUCCAAGGAAAAAGUUGUUGCCCCUCCCAGAAUCACCUCUCCAGAGGCUAAGUCACCUCUUCCCAAGUCCCCUGAACCAGUCAAAUCUCCAAAGAGAGUCAAGUCCCCUGAGCCAAUCAAGUCACCUCAGAGAAUCAAGUCUCCAGUCUCACCGAAAUCCCCAACACCAAAAUCCCCAACACCAAAAUCCCCCACUCCAAAAUCCCCCACUCCAAAAUCCCCAACUCCAAAAUCCCCAACUCCAUCAGAAAAGAGCGAGCAGGGAAUCAUCAUGUGUCAGGCUCAAACUCAGCAAGGCCUGAUCAGCUGUCAGUUUGAUACCGCUGUCACCUCCAAGCGCUCUGGCGCUCCUCAGUUUCUAGUGCAGCCCAGAUCCCAGAAUGUGAACGAGGGACAAAAUGUCAAAUUCACGUGUGAAAUCGAAGGAGAGCCUUCACCUGAAGUGGAGUGGUUGAAAGGCAAUGUGAUGAUUUCUGUCACAUCAAACAUUCGACUGAGUCGCUCUAAAAACAUCCACACUCUGGAGAUUUGUGAAGCCACAGUUGCAGACGGUGGGAAAUACACGAUCAAAGCCAGGAAUCCGUUUGGACAGUGCUCUGCAACAUCGUCACUCAAUGUCUUCACCCUUGUUGAAGAGCCAACAACAAUGAUUGUCAUGGAGCAAAGAGAUUUUACUGACACUGCUGCUGGCGUGCAGAAAACUUUCUCUGCUUCGUCCAUUCACAUGGAGGAGGCAGACGAGCAGACGAGCACCUACAGCAGCGACUCCCACUCUGCUGCUGCCCAGAGUUCAUUUAGGAGCAUGUCUGAGACUAGCAUGUCUGAGACUAGCAUGUCUGCCAUGAUGGCUGAGUCAAUGGUUUCCAUGAGCUCCAGCAGCCAAAUGAUGGAAAUGUCUGUUCACUCGCAUGUGAAGGCCUCGUCCUCCCUGAGGGCCCAAACCACAGGGGUCAAACGAGGUUUGCCACCAAAGGUUGAAGCUCUACCACAAAACGUCAGUGCUGAGGCAGGGAAGUCCCUGACAAUAGCGGGGGUGUUCUCCGGAGACCCCGCCCCCUCUGUGCAGUGGGUCCGCUCUGGUCGUCCCCUCCCCAGCGGAGAAGGGCGGUACCACGUGGAGAACACCAGCGACCUCUCCACCCUGAUGAUCUCUGCAGUGAAGGAGGGCGACAGCGGAGCGUACACCCUCCGACUGUCAAACGAGUUUGGCUCCGACUCUGCGACUGUCAAUGUUCUCAUUCGGUCCAUGUAAAAAAAAAAGAUAAUUUUCUUCCCCCAUUUCUCUGAUCCAGAACUUUUAUAUUUAGUGAAUUAGCAACGAUAACCGACUUGAUAAAGAUCUGGAUUUUCUUCUUGUAAAUAUGAACUAUUUUUGUACCAAACUUGACAUUAAUUUAUGCCAAACUAGACUAAAGUCUAAAGUUGUUAUAAAAUGUGCCAUAUUGGAUAACUAUGACUUAGGAUUUUUGAACCACUUUUCUGUGACAUGUACAUAAUGUAUAUAGCCGAAUUUAACGGUUAUGGGAAAUGUAUGCAUUGUUAUUUAUGACAAUAAUAUUAACUGAAACAAAAUGAAACUAAAUGUGGUUUAACAGGAGAAAGUUUCAUCAGAAACGAAUACCCUGUUAAACUGAGAAACUAAACUGUGCCUCAACGAUAAGUUGAAGUCUGUAAGUUUGCCUCAGCAGGUAGAGAGGCUCCCUGUUGACGAUCGGAACCAGAAACAGAAAGACUAAGUUAUUGUUCUGGACACGUGUCGGUGCCUGUUACAGUUUCCUAUGAGUUGUACCAUGAGCAUAAGACCCUGAGCGCUGUUUGCAUUACCCUCAUGUAAGCAGCGUGAACCGGCCUUGUGCUCAGACUGACUGUGUCGUACCACCAUUUGAUGACCUGCUCAGAGUGCAAGCGGCCUGCACUCCCAGCGUUUAGAUCAUUUUAUUUAAGAGCGCUGCGUCUGGCACAGGACGGCCGGGUUGGCUUUUUAAAACCUAAUAUCUCCUGGCCAUGAUCGAACAGAAGGUCAACGCCGGCUCUGCUGUGCAGACGCAGCGCUGUCUCCUGGAGGAUAGUUAAUGUGUUUGUGUGUUUGAGUUUGAGUGUUUUUAGCUUUUAGUCAUUUCACCUUGUCAGUAGUCGGGGUCGUCGUCUUCACCACAGUGAUUCCAUCUCCUGUGGAUGAAAGAAGAGAACGGUUGUGUUUCACCCUGAACUUUGAUUUAAUUGAUCUGUUGAUGUAGAACUAUAUUUCGUCCUCCUUGAGUUUGAUGCAUUACUGAUUUAAUAAAGCAUGAUUUCAGCACAACA